AACGACCGUGGUCGUAGUUCAUAAUAUCAAACACAUUACUAUAUUAUUACCGCGUUUGCGCGCGAGACCGACGGUGUGCGAAACCGUAUUCGUUCUUCGCAACGAUCGCGCACUCGUAUUAAUAUCUAGGUUCUAUCUGAGGGCUUUUUUUUUUUCCGUUUUUUUUUCACCGUACGCGUGUUUGUUUUUUUUUUUUUCUGUUGCGACCCUUCGUCCGUUUUGUGUUCGCCGUCCGAUCCCGUCUAUUCGGUACGGUAUAAUAACAAUCAUAUUAGUAUCGUCUCCUGUCCAGCUCCGGUCGAUGGAGCGCGCCUGAAACACGUACGGGUAAACCGCGGAUGCAUGGACCGUUUACAUCUGGUCGCCGUCUCCGAUUUCCGAGGAUGUAAUAACGUCGAUCGUCCAUUGGUAAGUCUGCGAGUAUAUUCGCACACUAUUGUAUCUACAUUUCGGGUACAGAUAAAACGGACAUCUCCGUAUACCCAGUACAAAUAAUUCGCUGCCCGCUCGACAUUGACUUUUUUUCGCCUAUACGUGUUCCAGUGUAAAACGGGGCUGGUUGACCUAUUUACUAAUAAUCGCUUCGUCGAUAUUAUCCACCCGCGACCGAUCCAUACCAAUCCCUAUAAUUCUAUGCGUAUUUGCGUUUUUCUCCCCAUGUAUUAUAAAAAAAAAAAAAAAAAAAACGGGUCGUCCUGACUUGGUCGCGUGUUCUGUUCGCCGUACUCGCCGUCAAAGGCUCCCACGCGCUGGACAAUUCGCUUUCUUGCGAUUCCCAUAGACACUAAUCGGGAUUUCUUCGAUAAUAAUGUUCAUUGUUUACCGUACCCGCCCGGGUAUAGUAAUAUAAUAUGUCGCCACGAUUUCUGUGUCACGACGACAAACGAUAGGUACUUAGAUACAUAACGUAACGCAAUAGCACGCAACCGCCAAUUGGUAUAUAGGUACAAGUAUAAUAUAAUUGGAGUCGCCGCCAUGUGAAAGUUUCGAUCGGCAACUCUAUGGUUUAGUCUGUCGUCAUCCGUAUUUUACAUACUAAAUUUAUUAUGUUUAAUCGUCUUGUUUGUUAUUUGAAACCGUCAUCGUCACUUCCCGCUUCUUAUUUCUAAUUUCGAAAACCAAAAAACUUAAACGGGUGCAAACUAAUAAGCCCAUACCCGUCGCAGGAACGUUUUACCGUUUUGAAUCAAAAGAAGGUGAUGUACAUAAUCCAUGUUGUAAGUCACCUUGUUGGUGAUUAGUUGAUAAUAUUAUAUCAAUAGAGAACGGAUUAGUAAUAAUUAUUAUUAUCGAUUAGCCUUUUUCCUAUAUUCAUUAGACCGCCGUCGGUUUGUCCGAGGUCGACUUGUCACGUGACUGUGUGUGUUUAUAUUAUAGCAUAAUACUUCACUGUGUACCGAUAAUGAUUCAUUUAACGAUUAACGAUUUUGUUAUUGUUUUUGUGUUGUCGGCGUCCCGGAAACUUGGUCCGAGUGACUUGAACGACUGCUGUAUUCGCAAUAUUUAUAUGAUAACCCUAACCGUUCGAUACGAUUUGACUUGUUUGCAUGUACUCGUCUUGUUCGCUAAUCUUUUGAAUUUAUUAUACAUAUAGUGUAUAACUUUACGUUUUUACCUAGGUAACCGGCUUAAGGAUUUACCGUAUUCGUCAUAAAUUAUUAUGUAUUGUACAUAAUACAUUAAGAAUGUUAUGUGAACUAUUUUUCAAUUAUGAAUUGAAUUACCGGUAUAGAAGAAAAACCGCGGGCAAAUAAGGGAAAUAAAGAAGACGCCUUUCAUAUAACAAGUAAUGUGAAGGGACAAAGACUGCAGGGGGUGGGGACACUAGAAAUAUGUUAGAGUAGCAAUCGAAUUAUGGAAGCUAGAGGGUAGAAAGCCUAGACAAGGGUCGAAAAAAAUGGCGAAUAGACGGAAUACAGCAAGAUCCAGAGAUGUUGGAAAUGACAUUGGCAGAGACAGGGCAGGGAAAUUGAUGGCUAGAGUGGCGGCUAAAACUAUUAUAGAGUUACGAGGCCAUAUCAAUAGAAAAUCGCGGAAAAAUAACGGAAAUUACGAAGGUGCCCUUCAUAUUAAUAAGUCAUGCGAAGGGACAAAGACUGGGAUACUAGAAAUAUGUUCUAGAAGCAAUCGAAUUAUAAAAGCUAGAGAAAGGCCUCGAUGAAGCCCGAAAAAAUGGUGGAUGGAUUAAAGCGAAAUCCAAAGAAAUUGUAAUUGACAUUGAAAGGGCAGGGACGGUUAAACCUAUUACAGAGUUGUGAGGCCAUACGAUGAUAGUAAUUACAUAUUAAGUUCAGAAUUUGUUUUCACCAAAAUUAAAAGUUAAAAAUUGAUUCUAAAAGUCACGAAUAAUAAAAAAAAUAAAUUUAUAAAAAAGUAUAGUAUACUAUAGUAUAAUACAGAUGUACAUAAUAUAUAGCGUACAAUUUUGUUAUAUUUUGUACGUCUAAAAGAUGUUUCCGGAUGGAUGGAAACAAAUGAUUUGUGGUAGACAGCUAUAGAGCCAAUAACAAUACAUUACUUAUACGUUACAGGAACUGUAACAUCAAAAAUAGUAUACCUACUCUCCAAAACAGUCGAUUGAAUUUUCGAAAAGAAACAAUAAUUAAAUGUUGAUGCGUAUUAAGUUUUGCAUUGUCAUAACCGCCGGAUAAGUCUAUUCGACUGUCAGACAAAAAUCGCGUUAUUAUUAUGUGACGCACUGAUAUAUUCAAAACAAAACAUACCUAGCAAAGAACCUACAAAGGAAGCAACACUGAAUAGAAUUAAACACCGCAUGACAAUGCACAAGUGAAUCUUAAAAGAAAUCCGCCUCUCUACUGGAGCAUUGCCGCGCAAUUUUCUCGCAUAUACUUAGAAACAAUGUAACGAUGCCUUAUCACGAACACAGUCAACCGUUAUACAUUAUAUUGUAAUAUCAUACUGAUCAUAUACCUGAGAGUUUACAUCGAGUAUCUGAAACAUUAACUAUUCUAGAACUAACCUGACGUUUAAUACCGCAGUAUACAAUGAAUAUAACUAAAAUGGAUUCGUGUUUUAAAGGGCUUUUAUUUUUAUUUUUCAGAAGUAAAUAAUUAGAAAUGUAUAUAAUUGGUCAAGUGUAUUCGAAUUAGAGUAGAGGGCAGUUGUACGAAAAUGAUAAUGAAAAAUAACGAUAAGAAUAAAUAAGGAGGAAAUUAAUCGAAAAUGAACCCCGAUUUGUCAUGCAAAACCACGUCAAAUGGUUUUAUUUUAUUUCGCGUGCACUGUGAGCAGUCAGUUAACCCUUCGAUCCAUACAUUUUUUUCUUGGAAAAUAUUAAAAUUUAGCACUCAUAGUGUUACGUAUAUAUAAAAAGAAAUACCACAAUGGCUCAAAGGGUUAUUAUGCGAAAACGGUUUUUAUCAAUUUUACAACAAGUACCGUUCACCGUUAAAAUUAUUGUACCUAUAAUCAACAACGGAUACAAAUUUAAUGUUUACAAUAUUCAUUUAAGAUUUUGAGCGGAGUAAAAAGAGUUGAUAUUUUUUGAACGAUAUAUGCCCACUCGUAUGUGCUUCCUUAUAUUAUUUAUUUAUUUAUAAGAUUAGGGCUGGAAUUUCUUAGUAUAAUGUGGUCGGUCAAAUAUAUUGUACAUCCUAAUAUCCUGUUCCGAGGUGAGCUAAAUGAGACGAAUUCAGUACUUUAUCAAUAUCAUUGUUUACUCCUUAUUAAUAAUAUUUAAAAUAUUAUAAUAAUAAUUUUAUAAAAGAUUUGCAGGUAAAUUUUAUAACCUUGAAUCUGGUACCUAUACUGCUACUAUACUAUAGGUAUACAUAAUAGUGUGUCCUUUGUUUCGCGAUUUGAAUUAAAAUCUAUGCAUUUCCCUAUUAUGUUAUACAUGCGCCAGAUGAAAGAUAAUAAUACAAAUAACAAAAUGUAUUAUUUUAAUAUGAUUCUGUUGUGAUUCUGCCAGAAAAUAAAACAUAUGACUACGUACUACAAUAUUGUUCGUAUUUAUUAUAUUGUACAGAUUUUUGAAGAGUAUAAUACAUAAACAAGGUUAGCAAUACAUUAAGACAUUGAAAAAGGUACUUCAUUGAACUUUUUAGAAAUAAUUUUUAUUUAUUUGAUAAUUUUAGAUUGAUUUUGUUUGUAUUCCAAACAAAUAUUGACUUAUUGUAUUUAAUAAUUAUACUGAUUGUUAAUAUUGUCAUUGCUCAUCACUGGCGAAUGCGUAAAACCCUCGUGACAUCGUUGAAACGUCAUCCUAUAAUUUCCUAGUAAAGUAUUAGUACAGUGCAUUAUGCGUUUAUUUUUCAAACGAGAUGUUAUUUGGAACAGUGUUAACAUCACGUAAUACGAAUUUCGAUGUGGAUCGAAAUGUUCAAAAAUAUCUCUGCUGUAAUUUCGUCGACAUGCUACGUACCUGCAGUGUAUCUGAUUAAUGUUACGUAUCUGAGAAAACGUUAUAUAGACUCGGAAUCCUAUAAAUAAUGUUUGAUCAAUGUAACGGUCUGAUAAAUAAUUACUAUAGAAUGUACAGAUAUUCUGUAAUUUUUAAAUAAACUGUUUAGGAAUGAAUGUUUAUUCGAUUAUGUUCCAAUUCGAAUUUCCCUGCUUUUUAGCCAGAAAAAUUUAAAUCGUGUUGGUACCAAGUUAAUACAUCAAAAAAUUAAAAAUAAUAUUCCUAAUAACUAGUUAUUUGAUUUCAAUGGUUGAAAAAAAUUAUAACACACAAUGACGUUAUAUAAACGCAAUAUAACAUAAUUUCAAAAUUCAAUAUUUCCCUCCUUGGCAAAAUCUUAUAACACGCCACUGGUUGACGAUAUAAUGAUACUUAUUAUAUUAUUUGUCAAUGUAUGUACAUUACACAUAGUAUCACUCAUCACUAUCACUUAUGAUGUGAGAUUUUUAUUACAGUCGUUUUUAUAUGUUAAUAAUAAUGUUUUAAAAUAGAGCUCACCGUGGGUUUUUAUCUGGUUUUAAAUCGAGGCAUUAAAUUAAGGAGGUAGGCGUGUUUUGUAUAAAUUGCCCGUUGUUUUGUAUUUUAAUUUAUAAUGCAUCUAUAAUUUUCUUUAACUAUAAUAUUUUAUAUGAUUCGAACAUAUUUGUUGUUGCUGUGAUUUUUCAUUAAAAUCUUGUUUUAUAUCUCAUGAUUACGAUUAAAAAAAUGCGUAGCUACAAGUAUAUUAUAUCUAAGGUUUAAUUUAGAAUAUUCGUUUUAUAUCUACUUUGGUAGUUACAAAGUUUAUGCGUGUAGUUUUUUUUUUUUUUUUGUAUACGAUACAAUCAACUAACACUUUAUUGAAUAAAAUAUUUUGUUUGCAACGUUGAUUUAAGGAUAUCAAUCGUUUAAACUCCUAACUUUAUAAAGGCUAUAACAAUAAAAGUGUUAAACUAGUAUUUUAUUUGUUACGAUAUUAAGAACGACACGAAGGACAAAUUUGUUGUGGCGUACCGUGAAGGCGCUUACUUUGUUUGUUCUCUUAUCGUUAAACCAAAUCGGAAAGUCUAUUCGGUCAAGGUGGAAAUAUCACACCCAAGAAAUAUUUUACUUUUGAAAACGUUUUAUUUGUAUAAAAAAUAAAUAAAUAAUUAACAUGCUUUUAAAGAGCAUUUCUUAUAAAUGCUUAAACAUUUUUGUGAUAUUCGAUUUCGACGAGCCAUUUACCAUAAUAUUAUAUACAAAUUAUUUUGUAGAUUACAUUGUAAUAGAUAAAUACUAUAGUGCGAUGAAUUCGAAAGGAAAUCAUAUUAUGUUCAAUGAAUAUUGCAGUGACGAAAAAUGAAACAAAGAGUUAGGUUUUUUUUUUUCUAGUUAAAACAAUAGAUAAAACAAAAAAGUCAACGUAUAAUUUCAUAUAAUACCUACGCACAAUGAAUAGGUUUAUAUGGAAUUUCACUCAGUUAUAAUAUUUUUUCAUGCAUUUUACAUGUAAUAACUUUUAAACAUAAUAUUAUUAAUGCUCGGAAAGUAAAAAAAAAUCAUUGUUAACGAAAAACGAUUCUAAGCAGAAUAUUAUUAGUCGUGUAUUUUCCGUUGAUAUAAAGGUAAUCUAAAAAUAAACAAAGAUUAGACAAAUAUUAUCAGUCUUUCCCAUUUAUUAAAGAAAAAUUACGAAGAAAAUAAUAAAAAAAAUGACCUUUAAUCACCAACUCGAUCGAAAAUGCUAUAUAAUAAGAGAGUUCUUCUAUAAAGUUUUUGAGCUAGAUUUCUAGUAGAAAAGUUGUAUACAAAAAAAAAAAAAAAACAAUAAGCAUUUCUCGCUUCCCUCAAAAUCUAAAACGUUUUUGACUUUUUUUUUUUAUUAUAUAAAAGCCGAUGAUAUUAUUGUGUGUUCUAAAUAAAUGGCUCGGUGGUUUAAGUCGAUUUUCAACAGCUGCUGAUAUCUAUAGCUACCAAUAUUAUCGGUUUUGUGACUUCGAAAUAUAUGUACAGUAGUGUUUAUAAUAAUAAUUGCGGUACUCGAUAUUAUUAUAUUUUACCAUCGGAACGAAUACGGCGGCAGCGAUGGUUAACUUAACUGUAAAAAGACGAUGGGUAGCCGAAAUCUUCGCGAACGAACGGCUGAACUAAUGAUUAGAAAAAUUCGAGUGACGGCUGCAGACGGAAGUAGACGUCAUUCCGCAUGCCGUAUCGAAGAAAGAACAUCGCUCGCUAUAUAUAGAUACCACUUUAAACGAUAUUGUAUAGUAUAGCGGGUUAAAAAAUAGAAUUAAAUGGUUUUUUUUCUUAUAGAAAAUCGUGAUGGUAUCUGUGUAUACACAGAUUCGGUGAUUCGAUUGUUCUACUAUUUCGUUACUAAAAAAAAAAAAACAAUUUUUAUUAUUACGCGCCCGAGUGAAAAUAUUUUUUAUUUCAAAAUGAAAACGUACCUAAUAAUUUUUAAAUCUCUAUUACGGUUAUAAUGGGUAAAUUAUUAUGUUAUAUUUGUUUUUUAUUUUGUCCGCGGUCGGUCAAAUUUUCAUAAAACGCGAAUAUUGUUAUGUUUUCCGAGUUAACACAAUUGUGUAAAAAAAAAAUUAAUAAAUUGCAAUUAUAGAUUUUAGAAUAUUUCUAGUGCCGAUGUAAUGAUAAUAUUAAUGUCGAAUAAUAAGUUAAUGAUAAUUUCUAAAUUUCAUAAAUUAACGUACUCAUUAUAAGGUACACUGAUAUUAUGAAAUAUAACGCGUUUCGAUGUACAAAAUGAUUUUACGUACAGGCACAGCACUCGCGUGAAUUAUUAGAAAUGUCACCUUUUUUUUUUUUGGGUACACUAAAUACGUAAUAAAAUUAAAAUCCGUUACAAAUGGUUUUUGUUUUUUUUUUUCGCAUAGAAUCGAUCAUUUUUCUUAUGCAUAAACGAAAGUCUAAACGAUUAAUUAGUCUCGGAGUGUUGGACGUAUCACGUCCGGUGUAGUGCAGGUAAUCGUAUUGGAGAAAUUUAUCGAGUAGAUACCCAGUACAUUAUAUAUUAUUAUGUUUUUCACCCUGAGCGAUUUUUAAGUGUUUUUUUUUUUUUUUUUUUGAUUCGUUAUCAACACUGAAGUUAUUUCGAACAAGAGUAUAAUAUUGCGUCAUUCGAGUACGAAAAGGUUCAUUCUAUUGAUUUUUUGGAGAAUCACUGUUUUUGAACAGUUUGAUGUAUAGAAAAACAAAUAACCUAUUUUUAACGUUACUAUGAAGUUUCUAUUUUAGUUUGCUAUUGAAAUAUUAAAUACGAAAUGGUUUUUAAACCAUUUAGUGAAAAAAAUUAUAAUUUUCUUUUAUACAAACAAAAUAGAAUUUUUUUUGAAUUCAAUUAUUAUUUGAGAGGUUGUUUUAUCUAAUGAUAUUCGCAUAUUUUGAAAAUUAAAAGUUUCUAUAAUACAGUAAAAAUAUACUGAUACAAUAGUAUGAAAAAAACUAAAACUACAAAAGGUCUCGGAACAGUAAUUUUUUUAAGGGUUCUAUUUUCACCGUGCUCACUUUGACACUUUUACUUAUCGAUACAAAAACGAUCGGUUUAAUCACUUUAAUAGGUGGCCAUCAAAAUCUAUUCGGAUUAAAGAGCACUAAUUUGUCCGUCGUUCUAUCGGAUUAAUACAUUGAACAAUACCGGUCGGUAUUAAAAAUACGAAUUUUCAAAAAUUAAAAUCCAUAAUAAUCGUUAUAAUUUCAUACCGGCCACCCGGAACCGUUUCGUUCUCAGUUGACGAAUUUGUACGAUUUUCCGCAGGUCUAAUGUAUUCGCGAUUUCGUCAUUUGUGUGUUUGUUUUAAUUGCGCUUUAACGUAUCGUCAUCAUGUUGACCUUCGCGAUAUUGAGACAUUUUUGGAAAAUAAUUAUUGUUAUACUCGCUGUUCGUAUUAACGAUAUGAUUCACUCGGUCAUCAUAAUAUGACUCGUUGUGUUAUUAUCAUAUCCGGACAUCGAAUUACGUUAAAAUGACGUUUAUUGUGCGUACCGCAUACCUCUACCUAAAAACUUUGAGGUGACCCGAUCGAAACCGAUCCGGUAUAAACGAUCGGACGCAUGCCGUUCGGUUUGCAACACGAUUACAAUUACAAUUAUUAUUGUGCGAGAUUAUACCUGUGCGCGCAACACAGAGAAAACGAAUUUACCACGUUGCGGUUUUGCGGACGACUCCUAAGGAUUCUCCGCUCGAGUAUUAGGCGCUAAUGUUUACGAAUUAAUCUGCCAAAGCCGAUAAAUAAAAUAUUGUCAUUGCCGUGCAAGGUCAUCAUAAUUGGGUUUAAUUCAAUUAGUUUCAUUGUUGUGCGCAUAUGCAAUUCGUUCGUACUCUGUAUAGUCGAAUAAUAUUCUCGAACGCGUGUUUCAGACCUCGAGUAAAAAAUAAAAAAAUAAAAUAAAAAUAAUAACAUUCAUGAUAUUGUUCCGUUGUCGGUUAAUUUAAAUUUUAUUAACUCGCUAUAGUGCCUACCCGUUUUUUUAUUAUAAUUAUUAUUUUUGGUGUCGUUCGUUCUUGAACAGUGUUUUCCCGUAUAUUCGGGUAUAAUGAUUUUUAGAUAUUUAAUUCUGUAGACAUUAUGGAUUUCGGAGUUUAAUUUUUACUAUACAAACACGCGAACGUCAAUGCGAGUUAAAUUACAAAACCUCUAAACAUAUUUUAUAUUUCGCGUAAAUCUUUGUUUAAUACCGACCGCAAUAUAUAUUUUCUGGGUUUUUUUUUCUUUUUUUUUGCGUAGGAUUUUCUUUUCCAUCCUCGAGUUUGUAUAAUUAUAAUAUUAAUUAUUAUUGCAAGUGACCUCUCGGCGUCACGCUGUUGUAUACAUUUAUUAUGUACCUAUCGGUAGGUGAAUUAUAGAAAAACCGAAAAAAAAACAUAAAAACAAAUAAAUAAAUAUAAAAUCCUUUACAAAUUGAUCAACAAUUUCGUAUUAUAUAUUUUGUUAUGAAUAUAACAACGCAGUUUAAAUUUGUCGACUCCGUAAAGUAAUUAUACGUAAUAUUUUAAUUUUUUUCGUACAAUAGAUAUACGAGGGUACUGUCUUAUAUUUUAAAAAUUAUAACACUUAGAAACCUAUAGGUAUUAUAUUUUACAAAUUAUCAAAUCGAUUAGAAAUCAUAUCGAAAUUUGACGAAUAUUUAAUUAAAUAUUUAGUCGUUACGUCGAAACGUUGUAUGUUGUAACGCUGUAAAACUCUGUAAUUUAUACACGUUCUAAAUUUAUAAUCCUUAAGAUUUUUGUUUUUGUUUUUAAUUGAUUAAUAAUAUCUGAAGUAUGGUAUUUAAGUUCCGCGCUUCUGUUACGCUGUGCACGUACAGGAAAAAUAAAAUAAAAAGCACUAUUCGCUUCCCUAGCAAUUGUUAUUGUACUCGGCCUAACCAAUUUUUAAACAUAAAUCGGUAAUAAGUAAUUUUCGAAUUUUUUUUUUAAAAAAAACACUAAUAAUAUUAUUGCGGUGAAUUUUUCACCUAGGUUAUUUUUAACAUUCAUAAUUAUUUUAGAUUAUACUAUGAUGAUUACUACUAUAAUUAUUCUACUAUAAAUCUUGUUCCGAUCAUUAACUUUAGGUGCGAUGUAGACAAUUUUAGAAGGCCAUUAAUAACACGGAAUGUAAAAUUCUGGAACGUUACACUCCGGAACGUAAUAUUCUUGUGUGUAAUUUUCCGGAACGUAAUAUUCCGGAAUUUUACAUUAAGUUAAAACCAAUGUUUCCUAAAUCUUCUUAGGAUUUCUCAUCGUUCUGAAAACGGUCAUCGCCAAUAUGUUCACCGAUACGUUCCAAAUAUACGGCUGUUUAUAUUAUUCCGCUGGCUUUUUAUCUUCGCUCGAGCCUUCUAGAUCCAAAAGUUGUUACACCCACCCCGAUUAUUUUGCCCAUUUAAAAAAUCCCUAUUGAAGAAAUACAUAAUAAAAAGUAUAUUAUCAUAGGUAUGACUAUUACCUACUGUUAUUUUAUUUUAUAAACCAUUGAUCAUUUUGAAUAUUAAGUAACUUUUUGAAUUUUCGCGGUCCGGAUAUUCCUUUCUGAAUUAUUUAGUACUGGGAAAUUACAGUCCAGAUUUUUCAGUUCGAGAUUUUACGUUCUGGAUUAUUUCGUUCCAGAAAAUUAUAUUAUUGAAUAUUGCGUUCAAGAUUUAUUAAAACCCUCUGAAAAUGUUUUCUAUUUGAUGCAAUGAGUACGAGAUCAAUUUUUGAUUUUCCUUGUAGUAAGAAUACAUGAUAGCGAAAACCCGAGAUUAAAUUUUAUAUUAGAUUUUCUUUUUUCUUUUUUUUUUGUAACUCUGUGAAAAAUAAUCUUAAAGACCGUAAAUUUCACCAAAUCCAUAUACAUAUCACAAAUUGAAAUUAAUGGUAAAAAAUAAAAAGUGGGAGCGUAGUAAUUGCUUUUUACAAGCCUGUAAAGUUUAAAUUUUAAUGAAAAUGCAUUUUGAUAAAAAUGUAAAAAUACAUAUAGUCAUUUUGGUCCAUUUAAAACAAAUACAAGAGGUACCUACUGUAUAAUUUCUGAAAAAUUAGUUAAGGUGUUCUGUCCUUCUGUCCCUCUCCCCCUCUCCCUCCUAAGUCGAGCACCGCAAUGACGUUAUAAUAUAUACUGACGAAACGUUUUUACGUAGGAGUGUAGGACUUGCUGAACUGGUAUUGUAAUAAUUAAAUAUUACAGUCACCUUAGGUGAUUCACCUAUAUAGACCCAAAUGUCAUUAUUGAUAAUAGUGAAAUAAUUAAUGGUAAAAUAAUUGUAACAAUCGAUUCAGUUUGUAACGUUAGGUAGACAAUAGGCAUAUGUGCGAUUGGUGUUAUUUUAUAAGUGAAUAUCCAAUGCGCGUUCACUGGUCUUUCUUAAAAAGAAAAAAAAAGUUCACGAGCCGAUAUGCAUAUCCCCAACCACACAAUGAGAGUAUUUUGCCGCACUAAAUAAAACUAUUUUAUCACAAAAUCGUCUAUAGUUCAAUCAUUUAUCGUUAAUUUCCCAGUGAUUGACACACGGUAAGCAUAAUAUUUUAUUCCACUUGGUGUCCAAUGAUGGACUUUACGGCGCAGUGUCCGGUUUGAUAAAGAAAAUCUUCGUGAAAAAUGCCCCGAUAUGCGAAUAUUGUCCAACGUAGAAAUACUCAUAUGUAUAAGUUCAUUAAUUUUUAAUUUUUUUUUUUUAAUAUGAAUGCUCAUAAAAUUUCUAUCGACCUACGUCGAUUUUUUAACGCUUCAGCCUAUACUUAAUAAAAAUAAAAAACCCAAUGUGUUCCGCACGUAACGUUUAUUGCUUAUGAGUAUUACCUUACAUUUUAUAUUAUUAUUAUUGUUUCACUUUCUCUUUGACGCAUAAACUCGCACGUUUUGCGGAAUUAAUUUUUAUCAUUUUUAUAUGUUAUUAAUAUAAAACACUACUAGGUACUUUUGGACAAUAAUCUCAUAUAUAUCUAUAUAGGUAUUACUGUACGAAUUUGACGUGUUUAAAAAAAAAAUAAUAAUAAUAAUAAUUUCGAUUUCCCCUAGCAUUAUAGUGUUCUUAUAACAUCGUACAGGUAUACUAUUAUUACGGUCCGACUAAAACCGCGCGAGCAGAUAUUAUUAUAUUGUACGUUACAAAAUAUUAUAAUAUCGAUACGAUAUUGUCAUAACGGUCCCGUGUAUUAUAUUAUAAUCCGUGUCGGAACGUACGAGCACGGGUAACCUUAAUGGCUGUCAACUGUUUUCUCGCUCGUUUUCCACGUUGUCAACGUGGGUAAUAAUAUUGCCUCACGUUUCCACAGGUAGGUGCGCCGCGCCGUGUGUCGGUCACACGGACGCAUUUUUUUGGCUUAAAACGAUUAAAAACGCCGCGGUAAUGAGUAUAUAGGUAGCUAAUGUGGCGUACAUUAUAUUGAAAAUAGUAAAAAAAAAAAAAACGAUCAUUAAAAUUCCUUAGUCACGGACGUUUUUAUAAAAUAUUGUACGGAAACCCGUCAACCCGCGCUAUCCGCUAUGGUCAAAAUUCGAAUUUUCGACCGCACUACAUGAACAUGUACAUUAUGAUAUUUUAGUCCUUGAGCAUAGCUAGGUAAUAUUUAUAAUAAUAUUUGGGGGGGAGGAGAAAAAAAUCUUCGUGCGCAGGACCGAACUCAACGGUUCAUUAAAAAAUAUAUAUUUCUAUAGGCUAAGUAUAAGUGUAGGUGUACUUGUUAUAAUAUUCGCGUAAAAUAUCGCCGGGCUGAAACUCGCGUACCCAGUUCAAGAGGUAACAUUAACGUAAAAUUUCGCUUUAUUUCUGCGUAUCUCGCAAUACAACAACAACAGAAGCAUUUCGCAUUUCCGCGUCCGCGACUAUCCGGUUUAGUUUUUGGGCAACAUAGGACCUGUUAUGCGUUUUACAGAAGAAGAGCAUUUACCGCGGAUCCUGCGAACACAUUUUAACGGUGAAAUUCCGGAGAAAAUUAAAACUGUGUUGAAUCAAACGAGCGCGAAAAACAUUUUGUAAAAUUGUUGUCGUGUACAAAUUAUUAUAAUAUAGAUAACACUGUUACUAUUUCUCGAACGAAACGCAUUAAGUACACACCAUUAAUAUUAAAAUAUUUUUUUCUAUUUCACUAAAUACCUACCGAGUAUAUUUUUUUACGGGCUAUUUCGAUUAUUCGCCAAUUAUCGGGUGUAAUAGUAUUAGAAUAUUUUUAACAACACGUGUGUAUAUACACAAAUAGUUUUCUAAUGUACACUUUUAUUUUUAUAGGCAUACAUUACAUACAUUUUUCGUAUUUUGAUAUUCGAUAGAGUUUUGAAAUUAUCCGUUUAUACAGCUAAAUAAUAUUGUAGAGGUAUUUUUUGUUACCAACGAAAAUACGUAUUUUCAACUUUUACUAUUAUGGGGAAGGGGAGAUCCGUAGUUUAUACUUGCAGUUACUACCUGGAUAUUUUUCGGAAGGGUUUCAAUAUUGAAUUUGUUUGUACAUUUUUAUCGUCUAGUUGCCUAUUUACAACUAACACUAUAUAAUCUAUCAAUAAUCAGUUAUUACUUGCGAUCACGUCUCUAUUAUAGAGGUAUACAGGUUGCCUUUAUUGCACUUAAUAAUUAGCUUCCGCUUGGAAACCUAAUAGCACAACGACGAUACUAAUAUACGUAUGAUUUUUAUACUUAUUACCAAUUAUGCUGCAGGACCCUGGAACAUUUAUCUGAUUUUUUGGGAGAGGGGUCCCAGUAUCCCUGUAAAUAUUCCACUGUUUAUUGAUAAUAAUGUGUGUAUAUAUAUAGGUAAAAACAAAAUGUUUUUCGUGAUUUCGAUCUGUUUUAGAGAAGUAACGCAACAAAUUAAAUUGAAAUAGUUAAACAACAUUAUUUAAAUACUCAUGUUCGGUAGUUUUUGAUCGGAUUUUCAUCUGUUUACGUUUAAAUAAACGAUAAAAGUUAUAAUAGUUAUUAUUGGCUCAAAACGAUGUUUUUAAACCUUCAAAUCAUUUGAUAUUUUCCAAUAUAUAUUAUUCCAACAUCAAUACUAACGAAGUGUAAACUAUACAAAAAUCAUGAUUAAUCGUAACGUAAAUUUAAAUAUUAUUAUUGAACUUUAAAAAGUUAGACGAUCCAUUUGAACGUACCGUUUAGAGUAUGUAAAAACUCGAGUCCAGAUUUUUUGAGUUUUGAAUAUUGUUGUGUUUGUAUAGGUAGGUGCAUAUUAUGUAGUUAAUACAUCUUAUAACUACAUUUGCUGUCUAUAUCUAUAAAAUAUAAAUAUUUUUUUAACGAGCUUGAACAGUUUUGCGGGCAAAGUGAAAGUUUGACCAUUAUUUUAUUUCGAGGACUUUGUAUUUUUCAAUACCUGUGCCUAGUAGGCACCUACCAUGUAUUAUACGCGAACGCUUCGUAUUCUGAGGAACGGUUUUUGUUCUCAAUGUUAAUGAGCUAUAUUAUUAUGUAGUACGCAUAUUUUAUUACUACAAAUGUGGCGGUAUAUCAGUAUAUUAUGUAUAAUCAAUGGACAAAACGGAAGUAAUAUUUAACACUAUAAAACUUGAUAUUCAAGUCAAGAAGUGUGUAUAUUAUAUUCUGUGCAGUAUAUCUGUAGUAUUAUAAUUUUGUUCAACCAAUUGCAGGUUAUGGGAAGCCGGUAGGUUUUAAAUAAUUAAUAAGUGUAUACGUUUAGACGAUAAUAUUUUAAUAUAAUAUAUGCUUUUACGUGUGUUAUUUCACAAUGGUUUUAAAAGUGGUGUGUCUUAUCAGUGGAAUCUUUAGAUUGAUAUAUUCUUAAUAAUAAAAUGUUUAAUGGAUUUUAGUAGAAAAUCACUUUUUACUAAUAUUCAAAUAGGUAUCAAGAUAUAUAAAAAAUAUAAAUUCUAGGUGGUUUCUAAUUUUAUAAAAACGAAUCGUAAUAAUGGAAAAUCUAACCAGUUUUAGUUUUUAUUAUAAGAUUUUUUUGGGGGGAGGGGAGGGGGAACCUAUUGAACUGGUAAAUUUAAAUAUAUACAUAUGUAUUAUGUCAAUAUAGUAAUUGCAUGGACAUUUUAAGCACAUUUUUUACUGUUUUGAUAAAUACCGAUUGAUUAAAAAAACUAAACUAAUAUAGUUCUCUUACUCGGCUAAAGUAGUUUAAAUUGAUUGUAAAUUAAUCGUAUUUAUCGUUUAACCACACGAUAGGAAGUAAUUUUUCUUUUUUACCUAUUUUUUCUUUGUAGGUGCGGUAUUUUCAUGAAAAGCAAAUUGGGUUUCAGUGAUUGUUUUUUCAGUUUCAUGAUACAGAUACGAUGACAAAUCGUUGAAGUAUAAAAGUGUUAAGUAGUAACCGAAUUAACUUAUUAAACUCAUUAUGGGUUUUUUUUAUUGUUUUAAUCAUUGAUAAAUCGAGGUAUAUUCUAUGGCACUAUCAUUGUUUAAAUAUUGAUACGGAUUUGUGUGUGUAGGGUUGGAAAAUGAUACCAUAACUAUCGUAUUAUAAUCAAUUUUUUUGUUGUCUUUCAUUACUUUAUAGGUCACCGCAUCGAACUGUGACGCGAGCCUGUUAUUUUUUUAUCAUACUAUAUGUAUAAUGUUACGCCUCCUUGAAAUAAUAUAUCGCCUGUAAAAUAUUAUAUUUUAAACCUCUACCAAACCCGUUUUUGUUUGGCAGGUAUGUGUAUAUCACGAAUAUUCGAUAUUUUGUUUCACCCUUUAUAUCAGACAACGUAUACAAUGCAUUGCCACCGCAGCAUUCGUUGCUUUUGUCCUUUUAAAAUAUUAUUAUAUGUUUUUUUUUUUUUUUUUACUUUGUUCGGGUAGAUGAUGGUAAAUGAUAGUAUAUAGUCGAUAGGUAUACCUAUAGGUAAUGCGUUAUUAUUUUAAGGAACCCUAUAUUAUUUUCUCGCUGGAAUUCACGAAACCUUCAGCGCAUUAUACGGUCCUACAACGGGAAGACGGGUAUUUCGAUAGCAGUGGCGCCAAAACAUAGCCUAGCCUAAUCUAAUCUGACCUACCUGUUUUAAGUGUCAUUUUUUAAUGAAUUUUUUUUUUAGUGAUAAAUGUAUAAUACAAAAUUCGUUAAUAUCCGCUAUAGACCAAAAAUUAUACAAUUUUCUAUUUUCAAUUAAACUCAUAUUGAAUAUAAAAACGGCGGAAACGUCGAGUUUGGUUAUUAAAACUAAGUCAGUGAAUUUGUCAUUUAUAUCAACGAUCUUUCAUCGAUAUCGGCACGAUUAUGUUACGGUUUAUAAUCAAAACGUGACGGCAAUAAGAUCCUAACUCAGUUUGUCACGUAUAUACGAGAAGGUUAUUCGUUGUUAUUUUAAAAAAGAAAAUAUACUACUCGUAUAGUUCGUGUAGCUCAUUCGUAUUAUAGUUUAUUAUUGAUAUUUUGAUCGCACUCACGUGCCUAUCUGUGGACUACAGUUCUGUUACAUUUACAACAAAAAAAAAAAAAAAAUUAUUUUGCAUAGCUCUAGGAACAGACAGUAUUUUAUGUCAACCAACCUUGCGCAAGCAUAAUAUCAUAUAUUGAGAAAUAGGCGCCGAUAAAUGACAGAUGUUGAAUAAUAGUCUUAUCCGGCUAAACAAUAGUACGCUAUUGUGCAGGGACACCUUUUAUAAAAUAUACAUGUAUUUACGCGUUUUACGAUUUUUAUAUAAUGCGUUACUUACAUAUUAUAGUAUACAUAAUCUUUUUUUUUUUUUUUUUAAAUAUUCUCUAUACCUAUUCUAUAUUAAAAUUAUAAUAACGUUAAAACUUAGGCAGUAUAUAUUAUAUAAUGUUUUUUUAUUCCCGUGACACGUGAUGCAAUACAUUAUCAUACCAUUUUUUUUUUUUUAGAGACAAUGCGAUUAAUAAUUCGAAUCGAUGUAGGUAACAGAAAAUACAAAAAUUAUGUGUAUUCAUUUAACAAUUUUAUAUUUAUUUCGGUCAACUCACAAUGUAUACAUGUAUACAAGGAAGAAUAGCUUGAUUUAUUGAAUACAAAUUGAUUUUUUCGGAUCCGGUAUUGAAAUUCUCAAUGUCAGGUUAGGUAUAUAACAGAUGAAGAUUUUACGAUUUAUUCGUGAAUCAUGAUUAUUAUUUACUACAUCCACCCUUCCGUUGAAAAUGUCUAGGCACUCAACUGUCUAGCAGAGUGUGUUAACCCAGUGUUUUAUUUUACACUUGUAAAAAGUGUUGGAUACUUAUAUAUGCAUAUAUACAUUAUUAUUAUCUUUGUGUUUAUUUAGUUUGUGAUGUGUUUUUUUUUUUCGGAGGAGGGGAGAGAUGGGGAAAUUUAACGAUUUAUCAAGGUUGAAUAUAAUAUACCGACUAUAUAGGUAUCUAAAACGAGUUUCUACGCUCCAUUGGAAUACACGAAAUUUCGAUUAGUUAUUUGUGAUUAUUAGUUUUCAGUUUGAAUGACCGUUAAACGCGUGCAAGGAUCGAAGUGUAAUUUUUUUUUAUACGUGAAUAUAAAAUAUAAAAUAUAAGUACAUAAAAGACAUCUAUAGUGCAAUAGGCUCUAUUUUCAGGAAAAAUCCGUCAAAAACAUUUGGUAUUUUAUAUUAUAUAAUAUCACAAAGGUAUUGGUAUAAUAUGUAACAUGUUAUGUUUUGUUUUGUUUUUUUUUUAAAUACAUUUUUUGUUUUGUUAUAUCAAUUUAAAUUUUGAAUGUAGCGAAAAAGACAUUAGAUAUGUUUUUUUGUUAGUACGUCAAUCGAAUAUUGUUUUUAGUUCCCGACAGUUUUUCUAAAAAAUUAGAAAACUUAACAAAAAUAACGAUACGUCGGUUUUCGUUUUUGUUGAUUUCUCGUUUACGUUGGCAAAAAGGGGUAAUACACGAAUUUCAAUCUAUAAUUUCCCCACUUGCUGGUUUACCGAGUUGAGCUCAUAACCGUUUUUCGAUUGCAAUAUUAUUAAUCGUUGCUUUCAGUGUACAAACCGAAUUACCCGGCAUCUUAUUUACCGAUACUUUCCGAAGUUCCCAUCUACAACAGUAUAGCCCAUCCACGGCGCUAUGCAUGUCCGGUUUCUUUAAAGUUAUUUUCUAAAAAUAUAAUAUAGUUUAUACAAUUUAUGUAAAUGUAUAUAAUAGCUAUGUUAUAAUUAACGAGAAAACAAUUAAUUGUAUUAAGUAUAUACUAUUAAAAAAAACGCAGCAACAUAAACGUAAGUAUAAACUGCAACCUAUUAUUAUGUUAAAUGUCUAAUAACUAUUAAAACAAUCAAUAAAGAAUUUAGAAAGAAAAAUUUCCUCGACUGCAGUAGUAUUGUGAAAUAUUUUUGUACAAUAUAUCGUCAACGCAGUACAAUAUAUUUUUUAUUUUAUUUUUGGAUUUGGCCUACAUCGGAAUAUAUUUCAAUAGUAUUUGUGGCGUUUCAUUCGAUCGAUAUCCUUUUAAUAUUAUACCGAGUCUAUUAUUAUAUGAGUAUUUUUGUAUAGUCAACCUAUUUAUUUUUAUUUUUUCGUCACUGUUUAAUUGUUUAAUGUUCGGUAGGCACUCAUGAUAUGAUGCAUAUGUUAUACCUAUGGUUAUUAUGUUUAGUAUCUAUAUAAAUACGUACAAUUUAAAACCUACAUUGUGGACAGUGAUUUUCAUUUUUGUUUUUUAAAAAACUAACUCGUUUUUGACCAUUUACCGGGCGUCUGGUACACUGCAUUUUUAUCGGUCGUUAACAGUAUUGUCUACGUAAUUUUCAUACUCGUGAAGCUAUAAGUACGUAAGAAAAGUGUAUUUAUAUGUUUUAAUUAUUUAUAAUUACGUAUAUAAAAUACCUAUACGACGACCCGCCAAUUAGGUCAUUUCUAUUAAUUAUUGUCAACAUGUAGUUCCCAUACUUUUUAAUUUCCAUAUUCGAUGUAUUAUACAUUUUUAAACAUUUUUUUUUUUUUUUUUACAAAAAUAUAAUAAAUAUGUAAAUAUUAUAAUGAUAAAAUAUAUUUUAUUGUUGUUGUAACAAUAUAUUUUACUCGAUGAAAAUUAUCAUAAAUUGUGUGUACCUGCGUAUGUUUUUUUUUUUCUAACUGUUUUUUAUUCACUGUACACAGCUUGUCGUGUAUUUUCUGAGAUACAAUCGACGAAACAAACAUGUUGCGUGUUAUAUCUCAAAUUAUUUAAAAAUCGUAAUAAAUAAAAAAUAAAAAAAACAUUAUACAGAUGUAAUAUUAAUAUUAUUAUUAUGCGCGUUUUAUACGACCGCAUUUUACGGGGUUAAACAAAACAUAAUAUUUUGACAUUGCUAAUAAACAUUUCGAUAAUGGUAUUUUCGUGGACAACCAAAACGUACAAUACAAUAUUAUAAUAAUAAUGCAUAUUGUUAUCUUCUUCAUCAAACAGCUUUAUUAGAAGUCAUUGAGACUCAUUGCCGCCAUAAAAAUUUAAUUACAUUUCUCUCUUUUACGAGCUACGCUCCGCUAAAACUGUCCGUCUCGAAUUUCAUUGUUUUCGUUUCAUCGUGCUUUUAUCAAUCCAUCUGUGUUUUGGUUUUCCUUAUCGGAGAACAAUCGGGUUUCAGUAUAGAACACAUAAGUGUGCUGCGUAUCAUCGGUUCUUUUUUAGGUCUAUAUUAUAGAUUCCUCCUCAAGACAUCUUUUUGCUGAUGAUGGGCUGUGGGUCAUAGCUACGUAAUAAUGAUGUGUACCUAAUAAUAUAAAAAAUUAAAAAUACGGCUAAAUCGGUUUUUUUUUUGUUUUGUAUUAAGGGUACACGGUUUCAACUUAUUGGACUGCGGGGUUUGCAAAUUCGGAGGCAUUUCUAGUUGUAGAAAACAAAUCGUUCAGAUAUAAAACGACCGAACGGGGUUACAAUAUAUUCACGUGCCCGAGUCUCCUUCUUACUCAGCUUAUCGGUCCACCGAGGAGAAUACUGUUGCCAUCACGAAGCCUCUGCAUCUCUUUCUGUUGUUCGCUAACAUUCAAAAGUCGCGUUCUUUUCUAUGUCUUCUAACUAUAUAUUUCGAGCAAUAACAUCCAUUCAGCGGGUCCUUAGUCUUCCUAUUGCAGGUCAUUGUAUGGAUAUAUUAUUUGUCAAUACCUUUUUUUAUCAAUUUGCCAUUUGUUUUCCAAACAUGUCCGAACCGUUUUAAACGUUUUUUUUUUUUUUGUUUAUUAAAGAUAGAAUAUUUCGCCUAAAAUAUAGUUUCUAGUAUAAUUAUUUUUAUAAAUAAUCGAUCGCGUAUUUUGCGAUAUAUAUUUCGGAGAAAUUUCCACACGAUACAUACACACACACACACACUUACACACAUCGACCGACAUUCGUGUAUUAUAAUAAGUGUGCAGUGCGUCGGAUGACGGAUGCUGUAUUUAACACGUGCCCGAAAACUCAGUUGUCGGCGUCUGCGUCAUCGCUAGGGGGGGUGGCGGCAUUCGUUUAUUUCUUUUCGCCAAUGUACCUGUAGUUCCUUUACGUACAUGUAGGUAUUAUAAUUUUGUAUUAUACAUCACGACAAAAGACGCGAAACGAGAAUGUCUGCGCCGAUGCCGAGUAUAAUAAUGUUAUAUAGAAACCGCAUGCGAACACUGCUGAAUCGAACGGCCACGCGCGAAUAGUAUGGCCCGACGACGUUGCAGCGUAUUAUUAUUUGUUAUUUAUUAUUGUAUCGUGAGGUUUCUAGAAGAUGAAAGUGGGUCAGCCGGCAGGUUUAUACACCCGGAAUAAUUCUAUGCAGGCUGCCGAAUAGGUAGAUUCUACAUUUUAGUAUUCAUUGUGCUUUUAAUACUCGCAAGACGUUAAUUAUAUUAUUUGGAUUACCGUAAUCCAGAUAUUGUAAUGUUUAAUCGCUGUGCCGUACUGAAUCCGGAUUUGAAUAAAACAAUUUUCGUCUAUUUUUUAGAUGUCGUCAAAAACUAAAGUUUUUUUAAACGGACGCUCGUUUAAGGGGGUAGGGACUGGCGGCAGCAUAAAAUAAAUUUCAAGGGGUCGGCGUCUAGAAUUGUUUGCAUACAUGUACUAUAAUGAGUACAAUAUUAGGUUUCUUACGUUCGAAUAAACACACUGAACCCCCACCCUGGUUACUGGUUACCGGCCACCGGUUACUGGGUGGUACCGUCACGAUACCACCGCCCCGUCAAAUUCGCCACUGAGACGACCGUAUCGUAAUGUAUAAAUUCGAUAGGUGUAUUAUUAUUACAGAGAGUGUAUAGGCACGCUAAAGCAGGUAUCGAAUCAUACCGUGGUUUAAAUAAUUUCUCGUAAAAUCGGCAUCGCGCGAAACCUUCGGCCGCACGGUGUAAAAAGAAAAAUCGUUUGAGAUACGAUAAUAUACGGUCGACGGUAGCGAGAUACCGCUGGAUACCACUACGUGACGUCAUUGCGCAAAUUGUUAUCUAACGAAAACGUUUUUAACAGAUAACGCACCGCGCGGUCGAAUUGUUUACGGUUUAGUUUCGCCAUAAUACACUUACGCUACACACGCCCACACCUCUGCGUAUUUUUACCAGAACCCGUUACCCAGCAGCAGCAGUAGCCGUUAGUAGUAUUAUAGCAGUGACGUGAAAAAUCUUACACGGAUUUCGUUUGUUUCGGAGGAAAAAAGUUGUUGCCCUUGACGGGUUUUUUUCUCACCGACAGCAUUAUGGUCCUCGAGCAGAAUGCGAUCGUUACCGGCGUUCGCGUGCACCGUAAUUCAAGGUUGUUCUCAUAGUGUUACCUAUUAAAAAUGUUUACCCGUACAUUGAAAUACGCGCGAGCGAGUGUGUGUAUUUUUUUUUUUUUACACAUUCUCGAUGCAUACAACAACGAAGUAAAAACCGUAUAGACAAUAAUAUAAUAAUAUUAUGUAGUUUCGAACGAAGACGAAAGUGACUUGUCUAUCUUAUUUUCACGGCGAAGAUCUAUACGAGAAUUACGACAAAGACCAUGAUGACUUGGGGUAUACCUAUAUGUCUCGAGAUGUCCCGGGAUACGGCAUCGUGGUCACUGCGGUUAUAAUAUGUAGGCGGAUGGGUCGAUACCACUUUUUACACCGAUAUCCGAUAUUUGAAAUCGAAAACCACGAGUCAAUAUCGAAAUUCACAGAUAUGUUAGUUAAAAUACUUAUUUUUUUUUUUAAUAUCCGAGAGACGUUAUGGACAUUUUUCUCAGAAAAUAUCGAAUCAAAUAUCGGUUUCGAAAAAAAAAAAUAACCAGACACCGCCGAUAUCGAGUAUCGGUUUACGUAUCGGCACACCCCCUGAUAAUACGAUGCACUGUAUAUCAACUCUAUAAACAAUAUAUGAUACGCGUUUGGACGCGAAAGUUUUGAAAUCCAUUGUUAAUCGCGUGCGGUAUAAUAUAAUAUAAUGUGCGCGUCCAAUCGAAGUCCUCUUAGCAACCAUUAUGUUAUGGUCGCCGUGACGUAGGUGGUGUCUGAGUAUCGGUAUAGGUAUGCAUCGCGAGCACGAAAGUUAGAAAUUCUUAGAUAGGUAUAGUAAUUUCCACAAACGUAUCAUGUUAUUAUAAUAUGUUUACUUAUACCGCUGCGAAUGAUGCAAUAUUUUCACGAACACGUCAUCGGUGGGCUAAGUGCAGUCUAAAUAACCGCGAAUUCGUUUUUCAGAUAUUGUACUGGAAUGAACGUAUAUUAUUGUAGUCCAACUCUGUGCGUUUUCCAAUAUUAUUCUAUUCCUUGUAGAUUUUCAAACACCACACGCGCUCCUCUUCUAUUUACACGCCAAUAUGAUAAUAUAAAGUUCAAUAAAUUAUGCAAAUAUUUAAUAAUUUCUAACUAAUUUAUGAUUUAAAAAAAAAAAAACGUACAUUUAUGAACACGAUUGGAGUAAGAUGUUGGAAAAUGAUUGGACAUGCCUCGAGACACCAACUUCUUAGAAGGUAUGGUAGAAGGAAAAAUAACUGCAAGAGGUCUUCGAAACUCUUAUAUAGGACGAGUUAAAAAUAGCGCAGUCUUUGAAGAACUUAAAGAAAAAGCGAGUUAUAGACUAGAAUAGAGGAUUGGAAUUGUAAACCCACGGAUUGGAAAAAAAUAAAUUGUUAUAAAUUAUAAUGUGUGGCGGUUUGUAUAAGUUCUUUGAUAUUUGCUCAUAUUAUAUAGAAACGGUUUUUAUGAGACACACGAUAAGUCAAAUUUUAACAAUUUUCGGUUUAAUAUGAGAAAUGUGUCAAAUUGAUAUUCAAUUGUUAUCAACGCGAUACGUCAUAAUAUGAAUAUUCGAAUGGCAAAUUGUGAGAAAAGUGAUAAUUGAUAUCCAUAUCUUCGUGCACAAGGCGAUAUGUGCUAUUUAUAAGAUAUCCAUUACCCAUAUACCUAAAUAAUUUGUUCCGCGCUAUAAAUGAUAAGUCGACAAAAAUCUACUUAAAAUUAAUUUAGUAUAAAACGUUUUUAUCGUCUAUUGAAAAGUUUCAAUUUUUGACAAUACGCACGUCUCACAAAAACCGUCCAUUCUUUAUAAUAAAUAAUUUGGGUUUUUUUUUUAAUUUCCUCAAACGCCUCUCUCAAAAAAUUCUAGAACACUGAAUCCAAUACAAAUUAUUUACCCAUUUCGAUACAAUGCAAUAUAGAAUAUUAUUAUACAAUACGUUAAUUACCUCUAUUAGACGUUAUUGAUGAUAAUAUAUUAUUCAUUGUGGUGACGAGACCCGUUAAACGUACGUAUAGGUAGUUAAUAAGGAUCGCAUAUCAGUUCAGCCUAAUAUUCUUUGUGGAAUCUUUUUGUAUUUGUACAACCGAUUCAUUUUGUAAUCGCGCGCGUGUCGUUCAUUAUACUCAGCUGCAGGUAUUGCGAUCGACGGUGUCGAUAACUGCAAGGACUUACACAAUUUCUGUUUCUGUUUUCUUUUUAUACCCAAGAUAUAAUAUAUGUGUUUGGAAACGCGUACGGUUUUAACAUAUUUUUUAUACGCAUAUACUCCAUGAUCGAUAUGUUAUACACACGUUUGUUAUCAAUGGUGAAACGAAUCUAAAAUAACUAAUAAGCAACCUACGUCUAGAUUGAUAAGUUGAAACCUAUACAUCUAUCUACUUGGUGGCUACCCGGUAUAUCCACUCAUCGAUAAUUCCUAAUAUUGUUUAUUAUAUAUUCCAAAAUUUUCUCUUUUGUUUAUUUAUUUACUGAAUUCGUAGUAAACGAGUAAUAACAUUUAGUUAUUUUCGAAAACUCACUCAUCACUAAGUCUUCUAGAAAAAAAAAAAAAUCGAAAAGCAACCGUUUAUCAUAUCAUACUAGAUUGUAUUUAUGGUCUUACUGAUACACAAACAACAAGACCCAGGACUCUUAAAACACGUACUUAAAACAUUUUUUGUUUUACGCAUGUUAACAUCUUCGUACGUUUUUAACAUAUUAUAUUAUAAUUACCUAUUGUAAACUUAACAGAGCGUUAUUUUUAUUGUUCCGUUUACCUAAUUUAUCUAUAACAACUGUGGCUGUGCAAUAACAUAAUGUUCCAGCCUGAUAAUAUUAAUUUAGACGAUCUAGUUGCCAAAUGUUCUAUGGACAUUAUACCUGCAAUUAAACGGAAAUAUGUUCAGUAUAAAUAAGUAGUUUUAUUGAUCCGAGUGCAUAAUAAUAUAAUAAACUAUAAAUAAGUAUCCGUGAUAAAUUCGUACAAAUUUUAAACGGUUAACCGAAUUAUACUAAUAUAUGAUACGCGUUUGAUGAAAAUAAUUAUCGAACUAUACAUUUUAAUCCGGCCAAUAUAUUUUUCGACAAUGCAUAACCAACGUAUUUUUUAUCCCGUUUUGUCCUAGAAAAAAAAAAAACGAGUACGUAUUUUGGUAUUUGAAAAAUAUUAUAUACAGGCGUACAAACAAUAAAUGACAAUAAUUAUACUAUAAUAAUAUCGCAAUAAUAAGUGACGUAUUAUUGCUAUUUAAUUUGUAUAUUUCGCUGAUUUUUAAAAUUAUAAUUUUUUCAAUAACAUGCAAAGAGAACAUGUUCAACACAUUUGCAAAUAUAACAAAUCGAUCGUGAAAAUAAGUUUAAAGCAUUAAAUGGUAUACAUAUAUUAUUUUUUAAACCUCUAAUUUUGUUACAUGUUACUUUGCGUUCGGUAGGAACAACUUUUUACUACUAGUUUUUAAUAUUAGAGUGGAUUGACCACAGAACGUAAAGAUAAGAACAUUAUCUGUGCAACCAAGUCGGUAUUUUUUCUCUCGGUAAUUUAAUAUUCAAGCGCGUUAUGAGAACCUGUGUGAAAUAUCACAAAAAAAAAAAAAAUGAUCAUAUCUCGCUUAAAAAAACCCCCACGUAUUUGCUCAGAUAAUGUUCUUUUGAUGUGUACAAUUGCUAUGUGCCGUACGUUUGUAAGACACAUGCGAGUAUCACGUCCUUUUAAAAGUCGGAAUUUGUAUAGGUACCUAAACCGUUUGAACGCAUGAAAAAAAAAAAAAAAAAUUAUGGUCUUGGCGGAGUUACAACAAUAAUAUCAAACUAUUAUACUAUUAUGAAUAACGUCGUCGUUUUCUACCGCUGAAGCGAGUUGAUCUUAAGAAUACUAAUGUCCCCCCGAUGUGCAACAGGUACAUUAUACAUUAUACACAGGUAUAAAAUAUCGAGUGAUACUCGGAAAACGUAUACACCUAAACCAUUAUCAUGUAUUAUGUAAUCUAAUUCAGUACUGCCGAAUCGUAUAUAAAAAAAACUACAUCAAUAUUUUUAUUUGUCAUACGUAAUAAAAAAAAAAAAAUAAAUAAAUAAAAAUAAAAAUAGUAAUAACAGAAAAUACUGUUUGCGUAGUACAAACCCUAUAACUAAUAAUCAAACAAAAGUAUAGUUUUAUGUUUGAUUUUCAGUGUUUAUUUAUGUAUGACUCGGAGAAAAUAUUAUGUUCUUGUAAACAUAAUAUUGUCAUCAGUGGCCAUCCCGUAAGGUGUACUGAAUACUAUUUACACUCAAUAUUUUGUUGAAAAAUCACAAGUACACUGAGUUUAAUCUCAAACAGUUAAAAAAAAAAAAAUUCGUCGUAAUAUAAUACAAUGCAACUAAAAUUAUACGUAUAGCGGUGAAUGUUUACACUACGUUUACGUUUGGUAAUUGUUGUCAUUAAAACCGUAUUUGUCACAUAAAUGUAUCUAUUUCAGUAGUUAAUGUGUCGUAAAAAAUUCACAAUUUACUUACGAAUUAUACCUUUAUUUUUUUUUUUUUAAUUGUUGUGUUAUUGAUAUUUAUUUCCUUACCUAUAGAGUGUUUAAAGCAUAAACCGUAAAAAAGAUUUAAAAUACCACAUAUAAGACACGCGUGAUAUUAUAUAGUAUACUCUCAAACAAAUUGAUGGGAACACCGGUGAAUUUAUCGUUUCAAUUCACACGCGUAUAUGCAUUUUCAUAAUACAUAUCGAACUGCGGUACAAUGGUAUACCUUUCAUUUAUAUUGAAACGUCCAUUGGAUGUGCAGUCCAUACAAUGCAAUAUAUUACAUGUUUAUUAUUAAAUGAAAAUAAAAGUCGCAUACCUACCGCGAUCGUGGCCGUUCACCUCGAAUUUCAUUGAUUUAUUUCAUAUUCGUGAGCGUUGAUGCCUACCUACCUACCUACCUAUCUAGGUAUACCUUCGACGAAUACCUAUUUGCGUAGUCCAGUCGUUAACAAUUAUUAUUUUUUUUCUCUUUACGCUCUAGAAAUCAACCAAUUCUUCGUUACACAGUUCUAUAUCACUGUAUUGAAUCCCCUACCCAUUUUCGGCUCGAAUGUUUCGUUAUAGUUUACUGUCGAACGGCGGUGGCGGUAGCGGUAUAGCUGGUGCCUAUAACUAUGACGAAUCAACGAGGUUAUAGACUUUACGGACGAACUCAUUAACUUCGUGUUUUAUUAGUACUGAAAUACAAUUAUAAUUUUUUUUUUUUUUUUUUUUGAUAUAAAUAUAUAUACAUUUUAGACGAUAUCUGCGUUGAAUAUCAUUUUUGUUAUGAUAAUAUCGUUACAAUACUCGUUUAAGACACGAUUUUUAAGGUCAGUAGGUUAUUACAAUAGUCUACGAUGACUGUGGAAUCGUAGUAAAUAGUACGAUAUGCAUAUUUUUUUUUUUUUUAAAUAUAAUAUUGUUUUCGGAAUAGAUAUAAAAAAAAUGUAUAAUUUUCAUAGGAAUAAUAUUACGUUACAUCGAUGCAUCCAAAUUAAAUAAUUCGACUUUCAGAGUUCAUAUCAAUAUUUGAGUAAUAUAAUUGAUAUUUAAAUAGGUUUUAAUAAUAUUAUAACGCACAUUGACAAUUUCGUACACAUUAUAUAUAUUUUUAUCGAUUAUUAUCACAGUUAAACUGUGUGUGGUGUUUUAUAAUUCAUUUGAAUCGUUCGUUGACAUUCUGUGAUGUUAUUAUGAUCAGUUACAAAUUGACAAAAAUUAAACAAAAGCGGGCGUGUGUUAGUUUCCGGCAAUGUGUUACAUGUUUUGAAUUGCGGACGUCUGGCUAAUGCAUAAACCAGGGUCAAUCGGGUAUAGCAUUGAAACAGUUUCUCAUUAUAAAUUUAGGACUGUUUUAUUUCCGAUAUGUAUAUAAUAUUUUAACGUGUAAUUAUUUUUGUCGAAAUACAUUUUUAUCUCGAGGACUUUUUUUUGUUACAUAUUACAAUGGGAAUUAUGAUAAUAUAUUAUAUCCGUUAGGUUUAUUGUGACAGUUGUUAUAUUUCAGUUAAUGUAAAAAAAUUUCACGUGCUGCUGUUUUAGGAUACGUCCUAUUCAAUAUUAAAAUCGACAACUAAAUAUAUCAAUAUAAUAAUACCAUAUAUUAGUAUUUAUACUGAAAGUCCAUUUAGCCAUUAUCAUAUAAUUUAUUAUUUCAAUUUGUGCCUAGUAAAAUUGCUUUUUGUUAAAUAUAUUUAUUUUAUUGUAAUCAAUGUAUCAAUAAAAAAAUAUUAUUCUAAUAGUAUACAAUUUUUCAAUUUUCAGGUACAGAAAUGUCUGCGAUUGACAAACGUGGUUAAAGAUGACCAUCGUCGCUGAACUAUGUCCCAUGUUGGAUAUAUGUUUUACAACACAACCGUAUAGAUGAAGUUUCAUCCGGUGUGGAUUGGUAAUUAUUAUUGUUAUUUCGUUUUUUAGAUGAAUUAACACCUAAUUUCAUUUAUUGUGUUUUAGUCUGGCUCUUGGCGUGCAUUUCCUCAGUUCUGUGUCAAGAUGGCAUCAGUAUCAACGAUGCAACCAAGAGUUCCAUACUAUCAGACAUUUCAAAUCUACAAGAUUAUGAAUCCACCACGUCUCAAAAACAAACAUUAACCAUCCGAGAAGAGCAAAUUGAAGAUGAGCUAAGUAAUGAUGCGACGACUACAACAGAAAAGUUUAUGGAAAAACGAAAAUUUAUAAUUAAUCCUGUUAACGAAAAUGAAGAGUACCGAGAAACCGUAACAGAUCGAUACAAUGAAACUACUAUUAGAAGUAGCCUUAGUUCAACUAAAAAAACUAAGGUACCAAUUUCACCAAGCAUUAAAAAAUAUGAUGACCAUGGUGACGUGACUGAUAACGGUGAUGGUGUUGAUUUUACGACAUCAUUUGAUGGAUUGGUGAAAAAAUCUACCGUUGAUAAUGGAGAGAGAAAAACUAGACAGCGAUUAGAUGGAUUAAAAGGGGUUACCACAAAUAGAGGGAAAACGAGAUUCCAAAAUGAACCAGGAACUUCAGAAGUUCCCGAAAUUUUAACAACUCUACGCCAUAAAAAACCUAUUAGAGUUAGACCUAUUGAUCAAAAUGUAAAUGAUGAAGAAGUAAGUACAACUUCGAUGGUAGAAGAUUUAAUUGACACAACCACAAUAAUCGAUAAUUCUGAUAACGAACAACAAAGACCAAAAUUCAAAAAACCACCCUUAAUAGCAACUCACCAUCCGAAUUUCGGAACUUCAACUGAAGCAUCUCGUAGACCCGCAAUUAGACCAAAUUUGAACUUAAAACAAAAAAUAACCUCUUCUACUAUUAAAACAAGGCCAUCUGAACCCGACGUAACAGAACCCGAAAACACAAUAUCGAACAACAAAACAUUCGAAGUCGUCUCUUCUAAUACACAGUUCAAUAAAAUGAGGCCGAUUAAAGUAACUGCUUCUAAAGGGCCAGUAGCUCAACAGCCUAUUCCGCCAACUGCUACCGCAUGGGCUUUGGCAUCGCUAAAAGCACCAAAUACCACCAAUAGAAUAUUCAGGAAACCUCUUAAUGUAACAAAUACGCAAGAACAAAUUGCUAAAAUUAAACCGUUCGUUACAUGGUCUACAAGGCUACAAAAAACGAACGAAGAGAAUUCGAAUACAACAUCUGCUUCAAAUAUGACGGUCGUCACCGAGUCUAACGACACAUCUACAAUUCCAACAAUAUUCGUAGCAAACGAAUCAAGUACGGUUGAUCGAUUAACACCGGAAAUUGUAUCGACGGAAUCUUUAAUACAUAUAAUACCCACGUUAUCAACAGAUUAUAAACCCAAUGAAAACAAUUCUACCGUGACUGUUAUCGGCGGUGAUACCGAUCAAAAUAAGUAUGAAGUAUACGGAUCUCAAAGGCCUGAUAUUGAAAAUACAACAACAGUCAUUGAAACAUUACGUCCUUCGUCAUCGACAACAUCACAAAAUUCAAAUUUGUUAUUAGUAACAUCUUAUAAAUCGAUUUUCGAAAACAACAAUACUUCCGAAGACCAACAGAAUGUUUUUCCGUCGUCCGAAGCUCCUUUGACGGAAAGUAUAUUAAAAAAAGAUGACGAAAUAAUAACAUCGACGACUAAACAGUCGAAUGUUUUCCAAAGUAGCCGAGAAACACCUAUCACUGUAAAUGAAGAAACCUAUAAAUUUCCAGUAAUACAAACAUCGACCGAGAUAUUUGGUAAAACGCCAGCCAUUUUAUUUGACUUCUCCGAAGAUAAAAAUAAUAAUAAAUUUCCAGUCUCAACUGUAGAAGUCCAAUCUAGUAGCCCAGAUGCACCAUUUUUAUUUUCUCACGAUAUUGAUUUAAAUAAUGAAAAUCAAUCGACCACUACUGAACACUACAUAGAAAGUAUUAAAACCAAGUUGGAUGGCAAAAUCGCCGCGUCUACAGAAAUUCACGAUUCGUUUGAAAUUGAUAAUUAUUCGCAUAUGUUUUUGCCAGAACGUCCGAUAUCUAGUACAACUGACAGAACCGAAAGCGCAAUUACAAUUUCAGAAAAAACAACAUCUGGUACGUUAUUUCCUAUACCAAUUACCAAUUAGUAUGUAACAUGGUAACAUAUAAUAAUCAUUUUUAAUUUUUUUUUUUGUUUUACAGAAUUAUCAAUACCCUCCAAUGAGAUAUCGAAUACUUCUCAACAGCCUAAUUCGUACAAUAUUUCUGAUUAUUUGGAAUCUAAUUCAACAGAGAGUCACGACGAUGUAGGGGACGAUGGUCACAAAAACAUCGAAACGUCUUCGCCGAGUUCGAUUGCGGCGAACGAACAAAUAUCAGAAUCGGAUAUUUCUGAAAAUGAUGUUCCUAUACUAAUUACCAGUUCAUCGACUUCGACAACAACUACAACUACUCCGAGCCCAGCGAUUACAACGACAACCACAACCACCCCGAUUCCAACAACUACAACGACGACUACAACUACAACUACCCCGAGACCUACGACGACGACAACAACAACUACAACUACAACUACAACCACUCCGGCACCGACAACAGCAUCACCAACAACAACAACUUCAACCACUCCGCCAUCGACAACAGCAUCCACAACAACAACAACUUCAACCACUCCGGCACCGACAACAGCAUCCACAAUAACAACAAAAACUUCAACCACUCCGGCACCAACAACAACAUCGAAUACUCCGAUAACGUCAACUACACAUAAAACGACGAUUCCGACUUCGACUACUCAGAAAAUCACCACUCCGAUAACCACAACUGCACGAACGACAACCUCUACCUCAUCGCCCGUAAUCAUUGAAAUCACUACUUCUCUGUCGACCACUACAAGACCCAAACCGUCUUUCACUCUUCCGUCCACUACUUCAACUCAUACGCCGAAUUCCAUUACCUCGAGACCUAAACCGGCUGUGGUCGAUAAAAGUUCGACUACGCCCGGAUCUGACAUAGAUAUUAUUCAAUCAAACUUGAAAGUAAUAGUAAAUUCAACAAUGGAGGACGUAUGUAAUAGCGAAGACGAACUAAAAGCUGCCAUUAUGCAAUUUUUUGAAAGGGGAACCAGGAGGUACUUACAUACGCAAAUAAUAAAUUAUUAUACAUUGUUUUAUACCAAUGUUCGUAAUUUAUAAUAUGUGUAAUCGAUUUUGUUUUUUUUUUUUUAUAAUGUUAGUACGAACAAUCAAAUUCAGUUCCUUAACGUCAACGAAAAUGUAUGUGUCAAUCCAAACGACGUGGAUCGACCAGUGGGGGUGGAAUUUUAUUUCGUCAACGGCCACGGCGAGCAUAACACAUAUAUUAUGUACGAGAAAUUUAACGACUUACUGAAAAACCAACGGCUCGACUACAAAUCGAACGUACGUGCUAAUCAAUAAUAGUAUAAUAUUAUAUAUUUUCGUGGACUUUUGUUUUAUACAAUUUAUUUAAACAUUGAUCAUUUUUAAUUUUAUUCAAUGUUCGGUCAUCUAUACAUGUAGGUUAUUAGAGUCGAAUUUAUGAAAAGAAUGAUCGAACACGAAAGUAUCGAUCAGUACGAGACGGACAAUCCGAGAGUGAAGACUGCCAUAUAUUUAUCAUGCAUAGCCGGCGUCUGUAGCAUAAUCGUAAUGAUUUUGGUGAGUAAACAUUUUGUAAUAAUACUACAAAUAAUAUUUGACCAGGAACGGAGUGGUUCGAAAAUUGUUACCGGGAAAAAGUAUAUUUCCAGAACACUUUAAUUUUUACCUUUCUUGAUACUAUACUGAUAGUUGUACACCAACUUAAAUAUUGUUUGUAUAGAGAAAUAUAAAAAAAAAAAAAAAAAUGUUUAGACCACACAUUUGUAGAAACUUUUAUAAUUGAAUAUAAUCGGUCGCUUGGGUUUUCCUUCGGCUUUCGCUGUUUUUGAUACUUUGAGGUCAAAACAAACAAAAACGCCCAACCCAAAAGAAUAAUAUUACGAUAUAGUAAAUAGUCAUCACCACAUUGCUGCACGAUUGACGAAGAAAGUCUUUUAGAAACGAUUGCAAACGUUAAUAUUAUAGUUAUCAGAUUCGAUUUCAAAAACGUUUACCAGUACCUACGGGAAUGUGUACUAUGAAAUUCAAUGUAGAAUUGGCGUAUUGUGCGCCGUAGUUGAAAUUUCCCCGGCAGGCCAUUCCGCCCUUGUGUUUGACCGCUUGGAUUCGUAUAUAAACAAUAUGUUUCAACCUGUGUGAAAACAAUUUAUAGUUGGUUGUUCGCAAACGCCAAAAGCGAUUCAACUACGGUCAACGAUGUACUCCGGUGUCUUUGGACGAUUACAGCAUGGACAACAUAUCGGUGUACAACAGCGUGAGAAGAAAAGGCGCUUUAAGAGCAUCAAAACGGUCUUACGGGAAUCCUGCUUUCGACGACUCGGUAUGUACAGUUUAGGUUUGAACGUUAGUUUUUAUUCCUGAACACCGUUGAUAAUAUUAAAUGCGUAUUAAAAUUGUAUAUUGUAAAUUGUCGAGUUGUACCUACCCGUUUUAAUUAAAUAUUGCCCGAGUUCCGACAAACCACCGAGGCCCGGAAUCGCAUUUCGUAAGCAUAAUAAUUUAGCAGCGAUAGUCGUAUUAUAUCAUAGGUACAGUAUAUUUCGUUUGCCGUGUCAGUUUGGUACAUGUUUGUUAAUAGACCAUUGUGAAUUCAUCUAAAUGAUAAACCUAAAUCAUAACCAACACUUAAGCUGUGAAAUUGUCUUAUGACUUAUAAAUGAUUAUUUAAAAUUCAAAAACGUUAAUUCGGUCCUGAGUCUGAAUGCAUACUACCUUCCCAACUUCAGUAGUAUCGACGCUUUUUUCUUCUUUUUAAAUAUACAUACGUCAUAAAUUAUGUUUUUUUUUUUUUUUUUUUAAUUAAACUCCGCGUAUCCACGCCCAAAUGGUUUCGAUCGUAUUAUUAUCGCUAGGUGCACGGCGGCGCGGCAAACCUCUUAUCGUUAUCACUACGUCAACCGAUGGUGCACCCAGGAGGGGGGCUUUGGAGCUAAAGCCCCGCCCCUAUUUUUUUUUUAUGUUAUAUAAUAUUAUUAUUAUUUUUACAAUAAUAAAACAUAUUUUUUUUUUAUAUGAUUAUGUUUAAUGCACAUUAAUAGUUCAACGGUACGUGAUAAAGUUUAUGGCAAUCGAUUAUUUUGAUAAAAAUUAUUUUAGAUUUUGAGUGGAGUGAAGAAGCUUUUGGUUUUACAAAGAUGUUUAUUUUUUUUUCUGUGUACAACUUUUCUACUAGAGGACUUGCUCCGAUUUUUACGUAUAGCAAUUUUUCAAAUCAGUAUGAGGAGGUACUUAAAGAAGUCAUUUUUCGAUUUUCUCGAAAUUUUUUUCAACAAAUGUGAACAACUGGGGGAACCGGGAAAAUCGGCACAACAUUGAACAAAUAUCAUUAAAGAAAAUAUAUAGAGCCUAUUUAAUUAUUUUACUAUAAUAUGGCGUAUGUAUUAUUGAGAAAGCAUCAUUGUCAACUAACUCCGCUUAGAAUCGUUUUUUCAUAAGCAAUGGUUUAUAUCGUUGCUUACAGGUAUACAUUAAAUUACCUGUAACAGUGGCUACACCCGUCUCCACGGCGUCUUUUUAAAUUUAUAUUAGCGAUUACGUCGGAUCGUCACCCGUCGUCUUAGAAUUUUGACUGUCGGCUGUAUAACAUUAUAAUGGUUAGGUGUUUCGUUAAACAAAUUUUUAAGCUUCCCCCCCCCCAAUCAAAAAUCCUGGGUGCGCGUCUGACGUCGACGUCUUUCUAUUAAUCCGUAUCAUAUAGAACGUAAUAUUAUAAUCGUGGUGAAUAAUAUAUACGAAGCAUAUACGUGCACGAGAACUAAUGAAACCAAUUACCACUGCGGUGUAUAUAAUAAUAUGAUAUGUCGAUGUGCUGUUAAACAUUUUCUUCUCCCACCCACUCGUCGUCGCUAAUACGUUUUAUAUUAUACUGCUCCAUAUAUUAUACACGGGAAAACGACGGCUCACCCUGUAUACGCGCGAGCGCGCGCGCACACACACACACACACACAUACACACACAUUCACACAUACUCUCUCACUCGCACUCGUUUUUAUCGCUUCCCGUAUAAUAUUUUCGUGUUCCUUGACAUGUUUGUAUCUCGGCGUGUACACUACAGUAUUACAGUUUAAAAGAAAGGUCGCCUAUUGAUAAAAAAAAAAAAAAAAUAUAUAUAUAUAAUAAUAAUACUAACCGUUCGUCAAGUAGCGUACUUAAUGUACGAGUACACGAAUUAUUUAUCGUCGAGAUCGUAAAAAAUAAUAGUGACACAGUGACGAGUUCGGUUCAUCGGAUUAAAUCGUUUAGUUUAUUCGUAACGUUCGUCAAAUAUAAUAGUGCGCCGCCGUUGUCGUCGUUUCGACAAAAUCGGAAUCUCAUUAUAGGUUCUCGGUUUUUCUAUGAAAACAAUUAAUAUCGUCGGGUAUCAUGUGCCCACAUUGGUGUUGUUUUAAACAAAAAUACGGCAGGACCGUGCCCGCGAGACGCGACAGCCGGGCCAGUAGGUCGAGCAGACGAUGGAGUAUUUUCACGGUUUUUAUGAAAGAUGUACAUGCACACACGUUGAUUUAUUAAUACUUGAGCGCAUCGCACGGCGUUCGAUUUUUUUUUUUUUUCUAAAUCGUAUCCGUAUCUCGUUAAUGCCGCGACGGUUUUGUCGAUUAUUUUUUUUUUUUUUUUGGAAAUUAAUUUUUGAUUUUAUUUUGAUUUUAGACUGCCGUCUCGCACUCGUUGAACUUCGCCGGGCUCGCGAGUUUCUCGGAAGACCGGCCGGCAAUUGACGAGGAAUUCUCCAACGUACCGGUCAUCACGGUCAAGCCGGACGAAUUGCCGCCCGGCGCCGAGACGAAAAACCGUUACGCCAACGUCAUACCCAUGCCGGAGACGAGAGUGACGUUGAACGCGCGCAACAGUAACUGCGGACAGAAUUCGGAUUACAUAAACGCCAACUUCGUCAAAGUACGUAAAAAAUCCGUUCAGAAGUCACUGUAUAUUGACCUCCUAUAAAAGUAUAAAAAAAAAAAAAAAUAAUACUCAACGUUUUUUUCACGUCGAUAUUACCGUUUUAAACAGGGAUACAAAGGCGCCGACAAGUUUUAUAUCGCUUGUCAAGCGCCGAUGCAAUCGACCCUGCCCGACUUUUGGCAAAUGAUCUGGGAACAAAACACCAGAGUCAUCAUGAUGGUCACCAGCUUGACCGAGAAAGGAGUGGUAAGUUUUCGCAGUUAAUCAUUAUAACAAGUUGAAUUAGAAAAAGGAACGAUUAUAAUACACCGACAGACAGCCGUUUGUAAAAGUUACGUGACGCGAAACCGCGAUCGGUAGGUUUUCACGUAUUAUCGAUAACUUAAAACCUGGAAUUAAAUUACGUGUGCAAUCUAAUCUAAAAGGUAUCCACAUAAACAACAAACUAAAAUCAUACUUACGGUUGACUAGGACACAUUACAAUAUCUGCGUAGAAAGGUAUCUCAUAUUAUGCAUUCGAAGCAUUUCCCUGUAUUUGAAUGAGCCACAAGACGUUUACCUGUAUUGUAUUUCUUACACAAGUUGUAACUCGUAGGCAUAUUUUUAUCGGAAUUUUAAUUUUCGGUUAACUGUUUUUUUUAUUCUCGACUAAAAGAGACGUGCGUACGACGUGUUCUAUAUUUUAGUGUCUUGUGUUUUGAUGUUUUAACGAGCGUCAGUUGCUAUAGUGUUUAUGAAUAUUAUAUUCGUAUCCACCUCCGAAGACGGUCGUCAAGCCGCUCGGUCAAAACAAUAAUACGUUUUAGUGUUUUUAAAAUCGUUCAAGUUCAUUCGGUCACAUUAAAACUCUAUUCGAUUUUAUGAUAAUAAUAUCCAAGGUGAUUAACACAACGUUAGACGCUCAUUAUCUCGGAAAGUAUUAAUUUUUUUUCGUUAUUUGUUUCUUUAGAAAGUGUAAGAGUCGAACAGUUAGCUUUAAAAUGUUACAUUUGCGUUUUUUUGUCACCCUUAUUUUCGGGGAUGAAACCAUUACCUACUUUCGAUUUUUAAAUAUCAAAUAUUGAAAAUUCCAUAAAUAGUUGGGAUAUUAGUUCAAAUCAAUUUUGACAAUGAAGUUUUUAAUUUCGGAUAAUCCAUUGUCGAGAUAUUCCACUUUUAAUUUCUGCUGGGGAAAAUAGUGGAGCGUCAUUUGUGUGGCACGCGGUGUUUAAAUAGUGUUUGUGUUGACGGAAAUCGAAAAUGUAAACUAAUAUUCCAACUAGUUUUUGAUUUUUUAGUAUAUGUUGCUAUUCGAAAAUCAAAAUUAAGUUUUGGUGGUUGUUUCAUUCCCAUAAAUGAGAGUGACAAAAAAUAACAGUAAUAUAAUAUUUCAGAGCGACUUGUUUCUUAAUAUUAAAAAAAUAAAAAACUAAAUUUCGAAAAAAAAUGAAUACUUUCCGGCAUAGUUAUUGUCAAUUAUUUCUUUUAGAUUUCGAGUGUGACGGAGAAGCUUUAAAAUUUUACUGAGAUGAGGUUUUUCUUUAGAAAACGUUUUUUUCGAUUAGUAAAAAUGAAUCGAUUUUAUCACACUUCACCUAAGAAAAAAAACCGGUGAUUCUUCGCCCGUUGUCAGUUUCUAUGAAAUAUUUGUCGAUAUUCCUCAUAUUUUUUUUUUCAAACGCGAAAAAUACAAACAAUAAAUUACGACGAUACGUCGUCGGUUUUAUUUUUGUUGAUUUCCAUACGAUUACUUUGCUUAAAAACGAAAAAAUCAUAAUAUAUCAUAUUAUGUACUUCAUAUAGGCCAUAUAGCGUUACCAGUUUACCGAGUUCCAUUCAGAAUAGUUUUUUUUUUUUUUUUUUUUGAUUGCAAUAAUUUAUAAUUGGUUUUUGUAGUUUAUACAGCCAAAUAAUUGUAGCCUAUAUACAUUCCCAACAACCCGCCUACACGACUACUGCAGUGGCCACGUCGCGAAGUGUAAUAUAUCAGGUUUUUUGAAAACGAAAUAUUCGUAGUUUUACUGAUCGGAUAUUAUCCGACAACGAGAUGUGCAUUUUUCAACCGCGUCAUCUAUACCACAGAACGCAUCGUAUUUGUUAUUAUCAUAAUAUUAUUACAAUGAAAAUCGUUUUCAUAAUAAAUCGUAAUGCUCGAGAUAAAAUCGGUUCGUUGAAAAUUGUAUGAAUCUUUUAAUAAUAAUAAUUAGUUAAACCAUUAUUACGUAUACUGAUAACUAUACUGUAUUCUUACAAAUUAUAUAAUUAGUUUUUUUUUUUUUUUUUUUUUUUUUGUAUACAAUCGUUUAAAUAAAAGGUCAUUUGAUUUAAAACUUCAAUUCCAUUACUGCACUAUUUUAGGCACAAUACGAAAUCAAAACGUUUGGUAUUUUUAUCUCCACUUAAUUUCGUUAUUAAAUCGUCUUUCAGAAAUUCCGUUACAAAUAAUAUAUAAUCGUUGACGAGUACCACUUACUAUAACAACUAUACCAUUCUGAUUGCAAUGUCUCGUCGACGGAGAAUAUUUCGUAAAUCAAUAAAAAUGCCUCGAAUCGAUUUCGAGUGUUUCAAAACACGUCUACAACUGAACUUCGCUCGGCACCGUACUCGGUCUGCGACGAUUUAUCGUUACGAUAUAAUUGAGGUGACUCUAUGUAUCACACCUCCCGGAUAUCACGACCCACAACAGUCGGAACCAUCGGCUCUUUAUUAUUAAUUUUUAGUUAUAAAAGGCAAAACGGGGUUUUUACGAGUUUUCCGGGGAUCAGGUACAUCCCCGCUGAUAAUAAAGCCAUCACGCACAUACGAAAUUUCAACCCCCCCCCCCGGUUCAUUUAGGAGGAGAGAAGAUUUCUAUAAUACUACACUCUGAUCAGUAUUUUAUAAAGUAAGGAUAAUUUAUGCGACGGGAUUAUAAUAUUUCGAUAACGCGUAUAUAUUGUAUAAUGUAGGCAGUUUUAUUAUCGAACGAAACGAUUUUUAUUCAACUUGUUUUUUUUUUUUUUUUUUUUUUAAAACGCGUUUUAUUAUAAUAUAUUAUUUUGUUCGAUUAUGUAAAAGAAACCGAGCGCGUUAUUUAAGCGUAUAUAUUUGCAAUCUAAAAUAUUCAAAUUUGAAUAUAUUAUAAACCAGUCUUUUUCUACCAUAAAAUAGUAGACUGCAUAUUAUCUCCGAAUUUUUUUUUUUUUUUUAUAGCGAUCCUAUAAAAGAAACGCAGGUAUCUAUGCAAUAUACUUGGUAUCUAUAAUUUCUCGAAGAAAAACUUGUCUACUAUUUCUAUUCGAAUUAAAAUAUGCACAUGUAUUUUUUUGAUUUUUUUUUUUCUUGUUUUAAACAUGCUCCGUUCUAUCACUAACCUCCCUUUUCCUCAUAUCGUUCACGUUCGUCGUGGGGGUUUUGUAAUCGUAACAUUUGCUUAUUGUGCAACUAGCACUGUAAAUAUUCUUCUAAAUAAAUAUAAAAAACAGCGACUGACACUAAUGAUUUUCGACGGUUUAGACGAACUAUCGAAUAUUUAUACUCAAAUAUUUGUAUUCCAUGGCCAAAUACACUUUUAUUCGGAAAAAUAUCGAAUAUUUCGGACAAUUAUCGAAUAGUUUUUCCCCACAAUAAAAAAAAAUUCGAUAAUAUUUCCCAUAUGCGAAUAAAAACUAUUAGAAUAGUUUUUUUUUUUUUUUCCAUAUCUGAACACAGACCGUGUUCAAUUUAUUCCGUAAUCUAAUAAUGAAACUAUUCCAACGCAGUGUUCGACGUAUAAUGUCGAAUAAUUCGAACGCUAUCAACAACGGCAUAAUAGUUCGAUAGUAACCAUUCGGUUGUGCCCAUCACUAGUUGAAACACAUUUGGAAACCGCGGUGCACUGCAGUUAGAGCAACAGCAAUAAAUAUUAUAUAAUCGCGUACGUAGCGUAUCUGUAUUACGUCUUAGGCAAUAAACUGUUGUAUAUUAUACGUACAUUUUUUUUUUUUUUUUUUUUCUAGUUUUGUCUAUAAUGGUUUCUUUGACCCUUGAUUAUUCAACAGUAAUAAUAAUAGUAAUACACGCGCGUAUGUUAUACUUAAUGGACACGAAUGAUUUUAGUUGCUUUAAUUAAAUUUUCGUGCAACAACACGAGACAUUGCAGUGUACUCAUUAAUAAAAUGUAUUGAAUGGUUAUAAUUCCGAAAUCUAAAUCGAGUAAAUUUCGUACGGGUUUUCACCGUUAAUUAAUUAAUAGCUAAUUAUCAAUGUCCGAUAGUGUAGCGAAGUAGUUGCUCGUUUUACUAAAUUGGGGAAAAUCCUCCGAUUUUUUUACAGUUCUUGUGCCUCUAGAGAUGUAGAUUUUUUAACCGAUGGUACUUUAUUUGAACAAUUUAUCGAAAUUCCUAAUCGUUUUUCAAACGAAUGUCUUUUUACGUCUGGAUUUUUGUUGAUUUGGCGACAACGGACAAACUCGACUAAUACGCUACUCCGCCCAGAAUCGUUUUUAGUUUGCAGUGAUUCAUCGUUGUAUACAGUAAACUAAAUUAUUCUGUAUAAAUCUUACACUCCAGACUAUCGGCUUACAUCUGCAGUGGCUUAUUCGUGAGAAGUAUUGAACCUUUAUUAAUGCUAUUCAAUUUUAGAACGAAGUUUGUUUACGCAUAUUAUUUUCUAUAGUGAAUUUUCAACAUUUCUGAUACGCACUGAAUUAAAAUAUUAAUUUUAAAACACGCGAUUAAGGUCACCACCGUUCGCCUACAGUCAACAGUUUCGCCUGCAAGUUAUAUUAACAAUCGUAUAUGAACAAUUACGAAUUUUCAUUUAAUUUAAUUUUAAUAAUUACGAUUAAAUUGUUUCCUGUGGCGUGUGUUUAAAAUACUAAACAGUAUUGUGUACUGUCAUUGCAUUAGAAAUAUAAAACAUAUUAUAAAUCCUAACCGUAUUGAACACUAAAAAAAAUUACUUACCUACAGAUAGCACAGCUGAGAAUAUAGAAAUUCCAAAAAAAUCUACGUCUAUACAUCUGUACAUUUUUCGGUAAUUUUUAUUUAUUAUUAUUAUUAUUAUAAUUUUUUUUUUUUACAGGAAAGAUGCGCCGAUUAUUUACCACCUUCGGAAGUCUUGGACUGUCAUCGGUUGUUCGGCGAUUAUCAAGUGACGUUAAAGAAACGAGAAGUAAAAGAAAAGUUCAUCAUAUCCAAUCUACAGUUAAAGGUGAAUAUUAAUAAUAUAAAAUAGGGGCCUACACGCGUAUAAUGAAAAAAAAAAAAAAAUAAUAAGAAAAAGAAAUACCUAAUAACGUGUUGACAUCGAAUCACGGAGUGAUAUUGUAAUUUAUGUUUUAUUGUCGCUUGUCGUGUUGAAUUCGAACCAACAAUUUCCGGCCGGAGUAUUUUGCGUUUGGCGUCGUGUCGUUUAUUAUAUUAUUAUAUUGUAGUGUGUCGAGAUUAAAAAAAAAAAAAAAAAAUACAAUAACAAUAAAAAAUAAAAAUACCUAUGCGGUAGUACGCAAUAGUGACAAUGUGACAAGUGCAUACCGCCGAGUAAAUUCCAAUACUUACAUCAAGAGGUUAACGAAAAUCAUAAAUGUUUUCCAUGUAAUUUUUAAAAUACCUACCUAUACAUAUAUAUAUAUAUAUGUACUAUGUACAUUUAAAAGGUAAAUAUUUUGAGUGAAAUAAGUUGAAAAAUAUUUCGUUUAAAGGUCUCGUGAUAACAUUUUGUUCUUUCUGUCUGUCGCGUGUGCAGUACUCGUAUAUAUUAACAAAGGCAUUCCGCGCCGUCUCGAUUGCGACCAUGUGGUUGAGUUUAGUGCAAGUUAUACAUUUUACUAACAAAAAUUACAUAAACUUUAGCGCUUCUCCGAAUUAUUUUCCAAACAUGGUUAUUUUAAAUAAGUUGUUAAUAAUUAAAAUUAAGGUAUGCGCAUCCUGAGAAGAAAUGAAAAUAUUGAAAAAUAAAAAAAUAAAAUUUUAAGAAACGCUAAUAAAUACUCGUCUUUAUAAAAUGGCGCCUUUGUUCUGAACUCAACCAGAAAGUCGCAAUUGCCGAAGUGCGGAAUGCCUUUGUCGCUAUAUUACGCGCGAGACGGACAGAAAAAACCAACGUUUUAGUGUCAAACUUAGUGACGAAGCCCUUAACAUCAAAAGGUCGAAAACGGAUGAUAAAACGACAAACAAAAUAUAUAUUACGCAUUAAAUGUAUAACGUUUAGUUGUAUCGAAUACUAAACAAAGGUUAUAGUGAACAAUGUUCUAUAACGAAGAACAAACGAAACGUAUUUAAUCGUAGAGAAUGUCGAAAUCCGCGGUCGUUUUGUCCGUAACGAUUUUUUAAAAAAAAAAACUCGUUUUUUUACGGUCGUAAAGAUAUAUUUAUAAAUAUAUAAAAAAAAAAAAAAAAAUGAUGAUAAUAAGUGACGGAACACGCCAACUAACCAUUAUUUACUUUAUUAGAAUUAAAAAAACAAUGCACACACACACAUAUAUAUAUAUAUAUAUUCUGGAGUAAGUUCGCGUUUGAAGUACGUAUACCAUUAUCAUGUUACACGAAUCGGUAGGUAACGUAUACAUUGUUAGGUACCUUUCUAAUUAUUUUUCGGUGCAUUUCUGGGCCGUCGUCGAACAAUCGAAACGCCGUUUAUGAAUCGGACCGAAUAUUAUAACAACGUGACGUGUUCCGUUCGGUCGAAUUAUUGCUAUCCCGUUAGCCGAUGUUUCCCAGUACGAGACGGCAUCUUUCUCCCCGGGUGCCGCCCGAAUAAAACCGACCUCUUUUCCCGUAUUAUAAUCGCGUGCGUUAUUAGUAAUUAUUGCGAUACAACGAACCGUUUCCCCCCCCCCACUGGUCUAUUAUGUGCCAUUAUAUUAUCGUAUCGACAUUAUUAUACCACAGACAAUAUAUUAUUCUAUUAUAAACUAUAUAGUCUUAAGUUUUUAUAGCCCUGAAAAAGCAACCGGUUGCAGUGCGCCGCCUUGGUUAGUCCGAAAUUCCAUAAUCGUUUGUUCGACAAGAAACAAUCGUUAAACUUUCAUCGAAAAUAAUGUUCUAAAAGACACAAAACCUCGAAUAUUCUCAUCCAUAAACAAUAUUGGCCGAAUUGAAGAUUUUCUAGAACGCUCGAAUGCUUCAGACCAGACCACUCGCUCUCCUCAGAAGCGAUCACACGUUACAGCAGAAUGUUACAUUCUGUACAGCCCCCAUGCUUAAUCCAUUUUUCAUUACAACAAAAAUAGUAUAAAAUAUAGGUUUAUAAAGAAAUGGACUGAUAACAGAGAGAGAGAGAGAGAGAGAGAGAGAGAGAGAGAGAUAGAGAGAGAAAGAGGACCUGGAAGAUUGAAAGAAACUUCACAGCGAAGAUUGCAAAAAAAAAAAAAAUAGUCCUAUCGAAUUUUCAGGCAUUGGCUAUUUCUUUCUAACGACGCUGGUAUUAGACAACUUCAAAUGCAAGGUAUGGGGGACAUACAAUUUAUGUAUAUUUAUAAUUCGUCUAAUAUCUAUGACAGUGGUAUACUCAACCAGAUAGUGGCCAAAAACCAUAAGUAUCAUAUUGUGUACACUGCAUAUCGUAUUAUUUAAGUUCUAUUAAACGAUUUUUUUAAAGGGUCGUAAUAAACGCAAAAAAAAAAAAAAAAAAUUAAGGGGUCGCAAUUCGUUAAAAACCAAUCGUUUAUGGUCUAUCGUCUAUUAUAAUAUUGUAUUAUAUUAACACAUAUUAAAUAAACCGUACAAUGUGCAUCCAAUUGCGUUUCCGAAUAGAAGAGCAAUAAUAGUAAUAUUAAAAUCGUAUCUUCUAUCUUGUUCACCAAUAAAUUGACUUUUUUCUUCCAUUAAUUUUUGUCUUGUUUCUAUGCGUACAGCGAGAACUACGGUCUUAUAUUACAAGUAGUUCGCGGCGAGAACUGAGUGUAUACUUUAUUAGUGAUUGAGAUGACCGUCGAUCAGUAUAGCUUAUAACCAUUAUGUAUUACCUAUGUACCGUUUAUAACUGACCAUUUUCGAAAUCCCGACAGAUACCUUUGAAGCUGAUUUCAAACGGGUCGUAUAUUUAUGUGUCGAUAAAUUAUUUGGACGCGGCGGGCGUUUUUCUAGUAAAGUAUCGGGAACCGAGUUUCGCUACCGCGGUUAUCGUGCGGAUUUCGCUAUAGCGAUUUCCAUUAUAUUAUGCAGUUAUCCCGUACGGAACACUGCGAUGGAAUUUACAUUUUUAUAGAAAAUAUUAUAUAACGCGCAUAUAUAAAUAUAUAUUAAGUAAAAUAGACAAAUCUAAAUUCAUACCGGAUUAAAAACGAUUACGAUGAUAAUAAUUAUAAUAAUAAUAAUAAUAGUUUUAUCAAAUGUGUUGGAGUUUUUACCAAUUAAUUUAGCGAUGCGUAUUUUCUGACUGCCUACAUAAUGUUAUCGUUGUUGUUAAUUGACGCGUCUAUUUGCCCGCAGAACUUGGAGACGAACCUGUGGCGGGACGUGACCCACCUGUGGUACGGUGGCUGGCCGGUGCAGGGCGUGCCGUCCGACCCCGGCACACUGCUCUCAUUUAUCAUGGAGGCGAGGUCACACAUGAAGAACAACAACGGGCCGCACGUGGUCCACUGUAGCCCGGGGACCGGGAGGACGGGCACGAUAAUCGCUUGCGACGUGGCCAUCAGGGAGUUCGAACUGUCGCGCGCCGUCGACAUACCGAAAACGGUGUACGCGAUCCGCCGGUGCCGGGCCGGAGCCGUACAGACCAGAGACCAAUACGCCCUCGUCUACAAGGUAAACGCACACCAUCGUUUCACCGUUGCCCCACUACCCCCAAACAUUACGUUCUAAGGGCAUUUUUUUUAAAUUUUUUUUUUGAAAACCCAGUCAGUAGACUGACUGUAAAAAUGUCGAUUUUCCGUAGAUAUGAAGACAUGCGAAGUAUAUAUAGGCGAAAAAAUAGCGUGAAUAAUAAUCCUGCGUGUUUUUCUUACAAUACGAACAGGCUGUGGCAUUGAAAGAAAAUACAUUCGAUACUACUGUAUAGCUACCGUAUUAGAAACCAAUAAAUAUCACGGUUUAUUUAAAAUUAACGCACCGCGGUGGUUUUCGUUGCCGUGCAAAUCGUUCAGACCGCGAUUUCGAAAUAACAAUUAUUAUGCAAAUUUAAAAUUACAUCGUGAAAAAUUUGCCGUUUCGAUAUCUAGUAGAUUCUGUUUAUUUCUCUCCUAUUUUUACUGUGAACUAGACGAAAAAAUAAACAUACCAAUUUACGCCUUGUGUAUUUAUACUAUCUCUUCCCUUUUUAUCGUCAGUGUAAUCUUCAGAUUAAUUGUUUGCAGCUCCCCGUGCCUCUGUACCGUAAUUCGUUUUAAUCCUUGUAUUCUUUUCCAUUAAUGCUCUUUGUUAUUCAAAUCAUUCUACAACAUCUCCUUCGAUUAUUGCUUUCAAUAGACACGCAUCGUGUAUAUGCAGUACCAUAUAUUAUAUUAACUGGAUUGAACCAUAAGCGCUCAAAGUGUAUUUUGAUAGUGUAGCAGAAUUUGAAAUUCAAAGCCACCACCCAUCUCAAACGAUUUUACUUACCCAUAUAAAUAUGUACCUUGGGCGCCACUGGAUUGAACAUUCAUCUCAAUCCAUGAUAUUUCAAGCACUUAUAUGUGUCUGAUAUUUUGUUGUUCAAAUGUACUUAUGCUUAUAAUUUAAAAAUUAACUAAUCGAAUUUUUCGAUGAUUUCAGGUGGUCAAUUUGUACGCGAGUAAACUCUCCGGCGGUGUAUUGGAUUCCAUUUAGUGACCUAUCGUAUUACUCGUUAAACUUUUUUUUUUUAAAUUUUUUUUUUUUAAAAAGUUAAUAUAUUGUUAGUUAUUACAUAAUUUUAUAAUAUCUUUUAUAACUAUUAGUUAAUGUUAUUAUUGUUAUUGUUAUAUUAUAUAAUAUGGUGUCUCUCUUUUGUACGAUAAGUCCGCUUGUUAUAGGUAUAUGAAUUCCGAACAAAUUUAUUUUAAGUCGGGACGAUCUAUAUUCGAUAUUAUAAUCUCCGAGUUCAAACAUAGCAAUUCUGUGAUAAACGAUAUUUUAUAAUGAUAUAUAUUAUGAUGAUAAUUCGUGAUCAAAUAGGUGUUAACCGGUUCACUUCGUUCUUUCGACGGUCGAAGACGGUUAAAAACUUUGGUGUCCUGUACUAUUUUUUUUUUUUUAUUAUAUAUAUUUGUUACGUAUAGGUAUAUAUUAUUGAGCCUUUCGUUUUUAUUGUACAUAAUAUUUUAAAGAUGAAAUUAUUCGGAAAAAUGUUCUUCGAGCGUAAUAAUAAUAUGAUAUUUUUUGUCAAAAAACCUUUUUCCCGUUCUCGCUGUUAUCUCUUAAUAACGUGUGUAGAUAUCGAUUGACAUCGUCCAAUACGCCGGAUUAUUUCCAGAUUUUAUAAUAUUAGAACUUCCGAAAAGAAAAAACCACGUGACAUCCUAAAGUACUCGUCUAUGGGUCGAUAUUGACGAGUACCUGUAAUAAUAUUAUAUGACACCCUCUAUAUUAUAUUAUUGUAUUUUUUUUUGUUUUCUAUUCGUAUAGAACAAUAAUGAAAGUUCCUCUUUACGUAUUUACUUUCGCAUUGUCGGUAUUAUAAUAUUAUAUUACUAUCGUAAACAUGAUAUAUACUACUAUUUAUGUAUAAUAUAAUAGUGAUAAGGUUGAAUCUACAUACUCUUAGUGUUAUAAUAUUAUAUUAUAUGCCUCUACAUUAUUAUACAAUAUCUAUCUUUCAUAAAAAUCCAUAGAUUGUUUAAUAUAUAAUAUUAUAUAAUUAUUAUUUAUGUUUUUUUUUAAAAAAAAAAGAGAUAAAAAAAAGUAAAACCGGAAAUUACUGUUCUUACACAUUGCAACAGGUGAUGGUCGGUUGUCGUCACCCGCCUUCCCCUCCUCGGAAACCGUCUCGAAAACGUAACCAAUAUUGACAGGUAUUAUAAUUAUUAUCCGUAUUUAAGUCGCGAAUAUUUUACACCCGUUUGCUUAAUAUAAUACCGUAUUUUUGUUUCUAUACACCUGCCCGCGCGUUUUGAAAACGCCCGUCAAUACGUGAUUAUCGUCGGCAAAAUACCGUUUAAUAUUCUACACACACCCCGCGAGAAUUAACACGUCACUUCGAUACCUAUAAAGUCUUCGAACAUAAUUUUCGAUACUAUCGUAUUCCUUAAAAUACAAUAAUUCCCGUCUGUUCGAUGAUAACGGCAGUAAUCCCCGUUCGUUCGCGUUAAAUCCGUAAAUACCCGAAGAUACAGGAAACACAGACACCCGAAGAAAACAGGGUUCGGUUAUAGUUAACUAUAAUAUUUUCCACUCGCUGUUGUUGUAUGGACGAAACGUUUAUUCAUCAUUCUCAAUAUCAGUAUCAUCGGCUAAAGCUGUAACUGUCGUGAUUAUACUCUAUAAUAAUGCAAUGUAGUUACGAACAAAUAAUGUCGUCAGGGGGUACCACUUUCAGCGAAUCUAACUAUAAAUAAUAUUUAUAAAAUAUCUUCUUUAUCUACGGUAUAACAAUGCUGGACAAGUAUAUAAUUGUUCAAUAAGUUUUUUUUUUUUUUUUUAAAUUUCGCGUUAAGUUAAAAAAUAUUAAUUUAGUUAAAAAUUAAAUUUCACAUUUCCGUUGGAAAUUUAGAUACCUUAAUAGAAGAAGUUAAAUUAAUGGUCUCUAGCCUUUUUAUUCCCGGUUGAUCGAUACGCUUCGUUAUCGCGCGCUAAAACCAAAAGAAGAUGAAAAAAAUAUAGUUACCAUCACUUACAGCGUUUAAUUUAAACUAAUACCGAGUAUAUAACUCGGUAUAUCGGUUUGAAAAGUGAUAAGAUGGGUUGAAAACUCCCGAGUUAAAUGAAUAUCUCUAUUGAAUAAACUCAAAACUUUGUAGGAGACAAGUAUUAUAGACUAUGAUUAUAGCGACACAAAAUGAAACUAACGUUGUAAUAUGUACGUAAAUGUUUACAUUUUACAAAAAAAGUCUUAUUAGUAUAGGAGACCCGUUUUUAAAAGAAAAAUUAAUGCCCACCUAUUGUACGCGGGAUAUAAUUAUUUUAUUGUUGCAAUGAUCGUUUUUGCGAAUUUCCAAAAAUAGAAAAUAAUAAUUGAAAUUUUACAAUAGUUGAAGAUUUAUCAAAUAAGAAAUUAAACAUUUAGAAUAAUGAAAACUGGCUUACGACCGAAAUUUCACUUUGCUUGAAAUACACAAAAUCAACAUCUUACCAUGUUAAAAUAAGUAAAAAUGAGUUAAAAAGUAACGCGUUAAUAAUGCCCGACCUUGAUUAAUAAUAACUGUAUUUUGUUAUUGCUGCGGUAGAUAUCGAAAAAUGAAAUCGGGUUUUUAUUAUUAUGUUUAUUGUUUUUUUUUUUUUCAAUUUAAUUUUAAGUAUAUUAUGAAUGUAUUAUAAUAUUGUGUACCUAUAAUAGUAGACGACGGACGUAUAACCAGAAAAAAAGUAUUACGUAUGUAUCGGUUUUUUGCUCGUCGUUUUCACCCCUGUAAUUUAUCGUAUUGUUGUUUAAACAAUAAAUCCGUCCUCUCGGUCCGAAUUCGCUUCGUAACGUUCCAAUAAGAUUCACUCGGUUUCGCCGGUAGAAAUAAUAUGUCGACGUGUCGAACAUCCCUCGUUUUAGAAAUAUCUAUAAUAAUAUUUCGUUUGUUUACACCAGUAUAUCUGCGGUGGUUUUUUUUUUUUUUUUUUUUCUUUAUAAUGAUAAAACUCAUAUUAUCUUUACCUAGGUAUAUUUGAAUGUAGUAUUGUUAUCUUAUAAUAAUAUAUUGUUUCGGUAUUACAAUUGUAUUUUUGCAUACGAAUAUAAUGAUAAAUAAGUAACGAUAGAUGCCGAAAAACAAAAUGAACAAAUAAACACGAGUUAUUAUUUUAUUAUAUUGUAUAAUGCAUUUAUAUAUAAUAUAUUUUUGCUUAUUUUUUCUUCUGGUUUUAAUGAUAAUAUAAGGAGGAUAACGUCGAGAUAAUAAUAUAUUAUAUUUAAGUCACUAAUUUUUUUUUUUUUAAAUCGGCCGACUGAGACCUUUACAUAUUAAGAACAGUGUUAAUAUUAAUGAAAAUGACGCAAGCGGGCGAUUAUGGUGUUUAAUAAAAAUAAUUGUCGCCAUCGAAGCGCGUCCUUUUGCUAAUGCCGAACCGCAUGAUGUUCGUAUUCUCCAAAUCGGGAUCUCCGCCUUUCUUGCGGUUCAUCAACAGGGCCAAUAGUUCGGCGGCGGUCGGCUUCCACACCGGCGGUUCGACU